CGGUACCGGUGACUCGGUAAACGGACUCGCCGGCAGUCAGUCAUCGUUCGGUGCCCGUUGGCUCUAGCGUCGUGGCUGUCCUCUUCUGAUAGAUAACAACAAUAAUAAUAAAAAAAUAAAAAAUUAUAAAAAAUAAAAAAUAAAUACUCAUCAAAUAUUCAACUGUUGAUAUACUGCUACGUUAUUACAAUAUAAUAUUAUACGCGUGCAAGUGUGUGGAUUUUUACUGAUUUUUUUUCCGUUUUACCAAGUAUAACACUCGUAAUUUUUUAACACAAUACAUAUACGUAUAUAAUAUACCCAUAUUAUUAUUUAUUUCCAUAAUUUUUAUUAUAGUUUUAUAAAUCUUCGGCGCCGGGGACGAAUCGACGGUUAUAAUAGUUUACAGCCGUAAAUUUCACGUUUAUUAUACACGUACUUAUAUGAUAUUUAGUGUUUUUGAACGUCAUAGUACAUAAAUAAUUAUUGUAUACCCUGCAUAUAGUACGCGAGUGCUAUUCGUUCGUUUUCGUCUUUCGGCUUGCGACUUUAACGUCCGGACAAAUUUUGUGAGUACCACUAAUACCCGAUGAUAACAAAAUAUAUAAUAUGUUUUACCUGUUUAAUAUUUUAUUUGAAACAAAAUCUAAGUGGUUGUUUUUUUUUUUUUUUAACUCAUAGAUUAUGAUAAAUUGAUUAUUAGGUUUAUAUAUAUAUAUAGCGAUCAUAUUUCGAUAAUAAUAAACGUGCAAACACGUAGAAUAUAUCAUGUUCGAUUGAAAAACUAUAAACACUUCUACAUAUUUUUAACAAUAUUAUACAGUCUAUUGACGUGAUCUGAUUUCAUAUUUUCGAGUAAACGUCACGAUGAGUUUUCUAACCGUUCUUUUUAUCAAUUAAUACGAAAAUUGUACGAGUAAAUGGCUUCGUUUCUUCGCGUGGUUUUUAUUAUAACACUAAAUUGCCGAAUCGUAUUGUUUUUUUUUUUUUUUUUUAUAUAUAUAAACAAAAAUAAAAUAAUAAAUUAUAAUAUAAAAAAAAAUCACAUUAUUUUUCAAUUAAACGAUAAUAUAAACUUAAUAAUUAAUGUACACAUUAAAAUACAAUACAUCUUUGGUCCCGGGGAAUAAUUUUGCCCUUUUUACCACUUUAUUUUUCGAUCUAAACGGAAUAAGUGCGUGUAUUUUCAAAAUAAGCGUACGCUCAAUAAGUGUGUGUAUUAUCAACAUUAUGUAAUUCACACGUAUCGAAAAUGUUUUUCCAGAUCCAAAGGUAUUAGGUACACGCUGCAGCGGUACAGAAAUUAAUCGUCUUCAAAGUUUAAAGUUCUGUUGCAAAUACAAAAAAAAAAAAAAACUGUAACGCAACGGUAGAAAUAAUAAUCACAUAUUGUUAAACAAUGUUAGUUUAUUCUAUUGUAACAUCAGCACCAAGCUAUUCUAUAUUUCUCGUGCGGCCUGCUAAAUUCUACAUAAACGAAAUACUUCUAAUUAGUGAUUAUUUUUCCUGCCUACGAUAAUAUUACUGAAUAUAAAACAACAUUUCCCUACGUAUUUCUGUAUCGUAAUUUUCACACCGUGCGCAUGUAACCGCCGUCGUAUGAAGACAAGCCGGCGUUAUCACGUCGGAUCAUCACGCCGACGACUACGAAGAGGAAUUUUUUUUUCUUCUUCGGAUUUUCGAUUAAUUAAUUUAAGUGCAAUAUUUUAAGUCGGUACGAUCAGCGUUGCGGUCGUCGAAAGAUUUAUUGUCUUAUCGCUCUCCGGUUAACACAAUAAUUAUUAUUAUAGAUAUACUUAACUAAUAACAAUAUUAUUACGAACGAAAGUAGUAUUCUUGCGGUUCGCCUUGUAAUAUAAAAUGCAUUUUACGUCUGAAUGGCGACGGCGACGGCAGUCCGUUCGUAAAAUAUAUACGUACCCGAUAUAAAUAUCGCCACUUAUUGAUCGGUAGUCGAAAAGAAAUGAAAAUUAUUGAUUAUUUAAUUUUUAUUUUUCGUUUGCAGACGACGUUUAUCGCGACGGCUAUACAUAUUUGUAUUAUUAACGAAAUAUGGUACUGGAGUAAUCCGUCGGGACACGGGAUACCGAAGCUGCAGAUAUUUGUCCAGCGUUCAGUCUGUGCAGACCGCAUUCCGCCGUCCUACAAUCACAGGAGAAAUAUUUCGUAUUAUUAUAUCGUACAGUCGACUCGUGCGGCCGGAAAAUGGAUCAAAAGCAGCGAAACUAUUACAAAACGAACAUGGCCGCGUUGAAUUUGAACGCGUCGCUGAUGAAAGACAAUCCUCUGGACGAAAAAGUCAUGGAUGACGACGUAAAGUGGCCGUGUCUGGUAACGGAAAAGGCCAGAGGCUCCACUACUGAGACCUCGUCCACCAGUUCCAGAGACGGGACGUCCAACGCGUCCAAUCACGAGAGGAAACCGUUCUGCACCAUCGGUGAGUUUCGUAAAUUUCGAAUAACGUAAUCGUAACAUAUAGGUGUUAUGACAAAGCCAUAAGUUUAAGUUAAUGAAAGUUAAAAAAAAAAAUAUAAAUAAUAAUAAUAAAUAAGUUAAAUUAAAGUCAAUAUAGAUUUUCACGAAAAGGAUCACUACAACUUAGUUCAGUUAAAUAUUGAAAGUUACUUUUUUUAAAUUAUUCUUUACCGUACAUUCGUAAUCGAAUUUUUUCCUCAAAUAUUUAAACUUUUAUAGGUUUAUACCAUGUGCAAGACUCGCGUAUGUGCAUUCCCCAUAUCACUGCAUAGGCCACAUUCCCGCCUUGUUACGCGAUAAUGAUAUUCACGUAAAGAUUUUCGUCGAAAAAUAAAUAUAAAAAACAGGAUACAGUUUUUUUUUUAAAAAAUUCGAAAAAUGCUUUUUUAUACAUAACCUGAAUCUUAAAAAUAUAACUAUUUUUAAAAUUAUUUACUAAAUGAGUUGUUUUCUAAACGUCUAUUUUUUUUUUUUAAACUAGUUAAGUUUUAAAAAAUAGUAACUUAUCGCAUUUUUACCAGUCAUUGUCCAACUUUGGUAUCGGUUACCAUCAGGGUGGUUCACGUAGUUUUUCCUCAGUGAAAGAUGUGCUAUUCGACAUUACAAAACAAUCGGGUGCAUUCGAUUUACCUAUACAUCAUGAACGAGUACCUGCGGGUAUUCUUCUAUAAUGUUUUUAGCAAAGAAAGGAAUACAACGCGUACAAUACCCGUAUUGUACGAAUUAUUAUUGAAAUAACCGUACAACAUUAGACGUUAUAUUAUGUAUAUCGGUAUCGUAAUUAAUAUUAUUAAACGGGUGUAUCACGGUGCACACGUAUAUAAACUGAACGUGAUAUUACGGUUUUCAGUGACGAAACAAUGAGAGCCUUAGUGAUUUUUAAGUGACUAAUACACUAUCCAGUUUUAACAACUAUAUUGUAUACCUGCCUAACCGUCAUAAUAAUAAUAUACACGCAUUAUAUACGUACAAUUUCGCUAUUCUCUCCAAGGUUCUGUACCUAUCUGGCGUAUUCUUUAAACCGCGCGUUCUAUUUAUAUACGUGUAUAAUAUAAUAUAUUUACCGCAAAGGAUAAAACUGCAUAGAGUAGACACACAUUUAAACGGUUUUGUAUGAGAAAUUUCGAUUUAUUUUAAUAUUUAAGUGUAUGGUAUUAUGUUAACCUAUAUUAGAAUAUCUAUAGGUAUAUUUGCGUAAUUCAAACUGAUUUAGUUUUUAAUAAAAUAAAAAAUUAUAACGCUUUCAAGGGUACUGUUCGCGAUAGUAUAAUAAUAUUCGUAAACGCGCGGUAAUAACAAAUUUUAUAACAUUAUGAUAAUUAAUUAAAAAUGUAUUUGUUUUUUUUUUUUUUUUUUUUUAACAGUAUAUAAUAGUAUAAAUAAAACAGUUUUAGAGCAAUAGUUAUAAGAGAUGAUAAUAACACAUUUUUCCCAAUAUCAAAAAUAAGCGGUCAGCCUUGAUAUAUGGUACGUAACCACCACGUAUAUAAUAAUAUAAUUGGUUAACGGUUCGUUUUAAAUACUUACGAUAUUACGUAUGAUAUAAUACAUAGAAAUUAUAACUAAAAAAAAAAAAAACCACCGGUCCAUAGCAAAAAACCCGAAUUUUUAUAGCUCCCUCGCGAAUUCAUUACGACUUUUCAAAGUUUUGGGUACAAUGAAUAAAAUCUCGAUAUUAUAAUAUAGACUAAUAGUAUGGGCAAAGUGUGUUAGGUACGUGAUCUGUUUAGUGUAUAAAAUAUAAAUUAGGUUUUAAAAUCAAAUAUACGAAGAGUGAAUCCGACUUUUUCAAUAAUAAAUCAUUUGUUUUGAAAAACCCUCGUGUUAAAUUCCCGAGCAUUUAGUCGAAAAAUAUUGUAUGUAGCAAAUAAAUACAAACAAAAAAAAAAUACCCGAAGUAUUUAAAUACCUAUAAAUUGCUCGAAAAUCACCAGAAUUUGUUGAAAAUUUGACCACGUCUAGAAUAGGUAUAUAGCUAAUAUAAUUAUUAAUAAAAUAUUAGGUUUCUACACGAUUAACUGAAUUUCGACAAAUGUCCACAUGAUUUAUGUAACAUUCUGAAGCAAAUUUGAACGUCCAAGUGUACCUAUUACAUAUUUCAUUGGUAAAACAUUAAAGCUAUCAAUUUACAACUAAAAAUAUAAAGUGUAAACAGUAUAUUUCAAAUAAACAUAAAAUGCAUACCAGCCAUCCCGUUUUGUCCAAUUAUAGGUAGGUAGCUAUAGAAAGUUAUUUGGCAACAAUAUUGUUCGCCCAUAGGUAGUAAUUUGUCUACUAAGGUUCAAAAUUGUGUAAUGAUACUAAUAUCAGUGUAAUAUAACUAAUUAUUUUAAAACAUUACGAGUAUAUACUCAAACAUUGAAAUACUCGUAUUAUAGAUAUUAUGGAUACGAUAUCAAUAUAUUUGUAUACGAGUUGUAGUUAAAAACAUUUCCCAGCACACGUCAAUGCAGCGUUUUUACAAGUACCGUCAUCGAAAUAAUAACGUCUUUACGACAGUAAAAUUCGGCCCGUAAAUACUUAGGUGUUGUUUAACGCUUGUUGUGCGCCGUGUAAGUGCACAAUUAGUUACCUGCAUAAUUCGUUUACAAAUUAAACUACUCGAAAUCACUGCGAAAAUAAAAUACCCAAUUAAGUUUCUUUGUAUUAAAAUAUACGAAUAAAAUAUUAUUGUAAUUUACUACUGUAAUUUUCGCGUAUUAUAUAUGAUUAUAGAAAAUCAUCAUUUGUACCUAUAUUUUUUUAUUUUUUUUUUAAAUACCUGUUGAUUGCCAUGGGUUUUUUCAACGUAUUUUUAUUGUAACGGUACGAGUACAAAGAAUUGUACGCACUCCAGUAGUAAUUGCCAUUGCCAUUUUGGGUACAACACAGUUAUGUACUUAGACAGCGUGACCUUUUUCAUUCCGUGUACAAAACCGCACACAUAUUCGCGUUAUAUUAUAGAAAUGUGAUAUUGAUAAUAUGUGGUCUUCAGACGAAAAAAAAUAUUUUGACUGUCUAUAAACUUUUAAAUAAAUAAUCGUCGAUAUACUAUAACAAACCCUUCUAGACAGACCCCAUAAUAAUUAUCAUCAGCGGCGCCGCAGUAAAAAACAAAACGACAAGUAUAUCAAACACUCGCCCGUCCACCAAAAGGCAUAUUUAUUUAUUUUCGGUGAUUACCGGUUUAUAAAAACAAUAAUAAAAAAAAUAAUAAUCAUACGUUAUAACGAAUAACGUAUUUUUUUUUUCUUAUUCUCAUAUCAAACCAAUAUCUACAUUACAAGUCUGACUCCCCCUCAAAUCCCUCUCAGGUUGACCCAAUGCAUUAUGGGAAUGCGCCUUACAUUUAAAACAAAAUCGUAUUACGUAUCGUUAAAUUGUAUUUUUUCUGUUAUAAUACAAAUUUAAGAUACCUAUUCAAUGUGUACAUACAUUAGCUACAUUCAUUGGUACGUCCAUUAAGUUAUCACUCCAAAUUUCAUAAAACCGUAAUAUUUCAUCCCAUUUUGACUCAUCACCUACCCACCCAAUCAUCACCAGUAAUACGCAGGACAACUAAUGUCCUACGUAAUUUUACGUAGGUAAUUCAAGUGACUCGUAUUUUUCUUCGAUGUUAUUUUUCAUCAAUAUCAAGGUUAAUGUUAACACGAUUUCAUAAGUUCAUGCACACACAGUGUAUUUAAAGAUCACAAUGACAAGUAGAAGAUAAAAAGACGAAUGAUGAUACCUAUAUUAUGUAUAAUUAUUAUCACGAUAAUUUAUCGCUCAUCUUCGUAGUAAUAAUAUAUCGUUACGCUUCCGGGUCUUUCUUAUUAUUAUUAUUUUUUGUUUACCAUUACUAUCGGCUUACCUACCUAUAUUACUACAGAAAACGAAUAUGUUUUCCUAUAAUCAUUGAUCCAUUGUUAUUCCAUGUGAAUCUUGUACAUAUUCAAUUACUAUUAUUAUUAUUAUUGGGUAGUAACGUUCCUACAAAAUAUGCAGGAUUUCAAUGACAAAUUCCGUAUGUUUACGCCAUCGGUAGUCGUGUAAAUUGGUAACAACAAUAACUAACAAUAAUAACAAUUACGUAUCUUUGAUCUUAUCAACCCUACUACAUACAGUUGGAGACGAUCAAAUGUUAAUGAUUAUAGCCCGUCUUUGAUUUUGUGUUUUACGUUGUACGAUUAUGAUGUGCAUUAUAUUGCAUUUUGUUUGCGGCGUGUUCCGCAGUUUGUUGAACCCGAGAGAAUUAUUUAUGGCAGUUACCUGCAGCGUGGUAAUUUUCGAAUAUUUAAUGUAAAGCAUUAGGUUUUCAGAUGGUUCUCGGUCAAAACUUUUUUUACUGUACAUUUGCUACUCUCUUGUACUCUGUGCCUUUAAAACCAAUUACCUACGAUGGAAAAUAUUCGCAAAAUAAUGUAAAUCCUUUUUUUCUCCCCAAACUAAAUCCGCUUAAAAGUUAUGACUCACACGUGUUUUUUUAAUUACAAAAUGUGCAUGGAAUAUAUCAUAAAAUACCUUUUUCUUUUAAAAAAAAAUCAACAGAUAUGAAUAAUUUAUCUUUGUUUUUAAGAUCGACAUCCAUCGCGUAUUGUUCCCCAUCACGCCUAUCGUAAUUAACGUAAUAUACUGUAUUUGUUUUCGUGUUCAUUUCCGUUUAUAUCAACUAUAUUAAAAAAAAAAAAAUCGAAUUGUGAUGAAUCGUCAUCGAAUUAUUCGGUAAUGUUUAACAAUUCUCCAAAUCGUAUGAACUCACCGAUUUACACGUCAGAUAUACUGUCUGUACUCAUAUACCAGGAUGUGACAUUGGUCAUCGUAUAUAUUAUAUUUUUCUGUUUUCUUUUUGUGCACUUUUUGAAAUUAUUAAUUAUCACCUGCAGCACAGCCAAUAUUGACUCGGGAUUUUCGUUUUGUUCUCAUGUACCUACUUACGUACAUACGUACGUACGGAAUCACUUGUCUACCAUGUCACGCGCUCGUAUAAUAUAUACCGACUCGAAUUUCAAUCGACACGCGGCAUACUACAUACUGGACGGUGACGAUGACGAUUAAGUUCACGGAUCUCUACGGACCUAUACUCGAAUACGUCAGUAGAUCCAAUGAGCGCUCGUUAGGAAUUUAUAAUUUUCCCGUCGGGAUUUAGUUGACCAACUGUUGACCUUGGGGAAAUCCGUGGACGACAAGAAAAAAAAAAGACAUUAGAAUUAUUUCAUCGCAUACAUCGUUUUCAAGGAAGAUGAUAUUUUUUGAUAGCACAUCACGGAUGAUAAUAUCGUUUUGGUCGAAUAAAUUUUGUAUACCUACCAACGGAUUGCCCACGAUAUGAUAAUAAUAUAUUCAUGUGAAACACUCUGUACUGAUCUCUUUGACACAAUAUAAUGCGAAGUGCGUUUAUUAUCUGAUGUAACGCACCACCUGCCAACGCGAAAUUAGAUUUCGAUCUUUUAAAUUAAUUAGACAGGUCCCUAGACGAAUUUUAAUAGUUAUCACUGUCGGUAAUAACACGUUAUUAUUAUUAGGUAAUUGUUUUUUAAUUCGCUAGAUCGUCAUGUAUAAACGUGAUGAUGAAAUAGUUUUUGAUGUUAUAAUAACUGUUCUUUUUUUUCAAACUCUAAUGCAUUUGUGUAUAAGCAAUUAAACCUUCUAAUUUCAUACGUUUACUGUACAUGACUAAUAGUUGUAAACAUUAGUGGAGUUAAGUUUAAAAAAGCAAUUUCAGAAAAAUAUCCAAAUGAAUUUCACGACAAUCCAGGCUCGUCAUAAGAUAUUUUUUACCCUAAAUCGAAAAUUGUAUUGCUACUCAUUUAGCUACUUCAAUUUCUUUAAAAUUGUAUGCUACCCUAAAGCAACGCAUGCAUUACUUGUACCCUAGCGAAAGGCUGGCCCAAGCCCCCCAAAAGAAUCGGGUGCUGUAAGGCUAGACAUUUCACGUUUUUUGUAGUCUUACGUUAAAGUUCUAAACAUACACCAACAAUUACUUCAUAUAUUCAUGUUGCUACCAGUACUUAUUCGCUAAAAAUACACCCAACCAACUAACUUAAAUUUAUGCCAUUUUGGUAGGUAGGUAUCUAUAAUAAAAAUUUAAGGUGCCUAGUUAAACAUCUGUAAUAACUUCGAAAUAUGAAAAAUAUAUUUAGUAAUUUAAUCUUGAAAUGUAUGUACCUGUUUCAGCCAAGUUUUAAGGAAAAGCUCGAUUUAUUGAUUAACAAUAAUAUUUUUUGGAUUUGGCUUUUAAGUUUUAAUUUUUUUGAGUUGGAUAAGCAUUAAAUUCUAACCUAACUUAAUCUUAGAUUCUAUAUUAGGUUUAUUUAUGAUCAAUAUUCACUAAAUCCCCUCCCAUUGAAAAUUUCUGAUCACAUCACUGCUCAUUAGUCAUUAUUACAAUAAUUAUUCUUAUAGUCUAAUCAUUUUUCAGUAAAUUUAUCAAAUAGCAAAACACAAACGUUCAAACAUUUUUUAUAUUAGAUUGCAUUACUGGCACAUCGAUUUUUAUUUGUUUGAAUUGUUCCAUCAAAUAUUAGACAUAUUUUAUUUUUAAAACGUAGGUUGACUCGUAUAGAUUCGCUAAAAAAUUGAUUUUUAUUUUUCGUUCUCACGGAAAUGAAUUAAUAUUUAAGUACAAUAUACUGCACGAUGAAGGUUUAGUACUACCUAUACCUGCCUACUUUUAAUUAAUUCAAACUUCGUCGUUUCAGAAUACGCACACGCGCACACAACGAUUUCAAUUAUUUUUGCUUUCCUACUGUAACUACCUAAGUAUUAUUUUGUAUUGCACGUUCAUUAUAAAGCAACAUAAAUAAAAUUCAUGAAAUAGGCAUCAUCAUAUAGUAUUAUUGUCUGAAAUAAAAAAUAUUACAAAUAUAUGACUUAACAUUAUCGAUCAUAUGAUAUAUGUGGAAGUUUUAUAUUAUUUUACAAAAUUAUUCCAAUAGCAUAUAAAAAUUUAUUUUAUAGACAUUUUACACCAUCGCUGAGUUCACUUCUAUUCAUUUUCAUUAAAGUCCGUUUUAAAACUUUUCAAACUUGCCGUAGUCCAAACUACUUUUAUAACCGAAGACUCGAGAAUUGUUUUUUGGCCCAAAUAUACAUCAUCAUGACAGCAAUAUUUGUGUCGAUGUUCUUAAUUUUUGGAAAUUAUACAUAUUUUUCUUUUAGGUUUAAUGUUCAAUUAUUUCUCAGAUUUUGUCUUGUAUUUAUUGGAAUCCAAAUGAAUUUAUAAACUUUUGUAUACGUCUAAUCAUUAAUACUUAAGAGACUUUCAUAGUAUCAGUAGCGUACACAUAAUUUUUGUAUGGGGAGGGUGAGAUCAGUGACAAACAAUUUCCCCGUGAGGAUUUUUGUUAAAUAUUUGUAUGAAAUUGUAUGCAUUGGGUCCUCCAAAUGCCUCCAUGAGUAAUAUUUUUCAUCUCUGUUUUUCUAACGAACAUAAUAUAACGGCAGUGUAGCAAAGAUGUGUCCACAUAAAACAAAUGAAAAGGUCUUUAAAGUCAGUUUUAAAGACACAACUCACUAAAACUGUGAUUUAACACUUAUUAUAAAAUGUAUAAAUAAUACAUCCUCUAUCAGUGGUUUUUUUUCUUUUAAUUUUGAUUUUAAACUAAAUUACAAUUGUUAAAAAAAAUAUAUAUAUAUAUAUAAAAUAUACUUUUUUUUUUGUACCUUCGAUUAUGAUUUAAAUAUUUAGAGAGUUUUAAAGCACCAACGAGGUGGUCUUGAGAAUAUUUUCAUCUAAAAAUUGUAGAUGAAAUGUGAUGAAACCUACUUUAAAGGAAUUUUUGUUUGUUUUACGACGUAAACACGUUUUGAGUAUAUCGUCUGUUAGAAAGACAGAACCGACAAAUUUAAUGCAACUAUAACGGCCUAAAUAUAGACAACAUUAAUAGAUAAUUUUGUUUUUUUAAUUCGUAUAGGACUUAAAUGUUAAAAAUUACAAAAAAUUAAUUUUACCUACUUGUUAAGUUAAAUUAAAACCGUUAGAAUAAAAACAAAAAACAAAAAGGACAUACAUAUUUCCAUCGAUGGUCACUGUUGUAGGUAAAAAGUUGGAAAAUAGAAGGAAAAUUUAAUGUAUAUUUGUAUGCAAUGGUUUAUCAUUACUAACGAAAAACGAUUCUGAACGGAGUUCGGUUAUACAUGUUUUGAAUGGCUGUAAUAUUUAUGAUUUGAAAAUAAUACAUUUCAAAAAAUUUCUCGUUUUUUCUGGAUUUUUCUCAUUAAUUAUGAAACCCUUCGGAAAAUCAAAAAAUAAUCUUCUUAAAGUCCACUCCAAAAAAAUUUCCUUUCGGAAUAAGUAUUAUACUUGAAAAUCGGAGCAAGAUUCCUGGUAUAGAAAAUGUGUUCACAAAUAAAAAAAAAAAAAUCAUUGUAAAACCAUUACAUUCCUCGCUCGGCUUACAAUCUAAAAUAUUUUUUUGGAUUUGACUUAAAUACUUUAUAUUAGGUUUUAGUUUACCAGAAAGAAUGAAUCCAACCAUUAUCGAGUUAAAUUAUUAUCGCGUAUAUAUUUUCAGCGAUUAUAUCCACAAUAAAUACGGAUAUAUCCGCGUUUUAAAUCACGAUUUUAGAACAAUUAUUAUUAUAUUAUAGUAAGUAUACCGCAUUAGUUAUUUAAUUUCGUGCGCGGUCCUCACACGUGUAAAAGAGGUUAAGAAUGAUAUUGUCGAGUAUAUAGAUACAAUAUAAUACGUACACGUCUAUGCAGCAAGGCUAUGUAUUCUCAUAUUAUUAUAACAACACAGUCCAGUAUAGCGCAGUGUUUACGGUUUUGUAUUCAACCGCAAACCAAUUGAAAUUGAAUAAACGGAGAAUGAUGGUUAAAAAUAUCGCAUCACAAUUCGCACAUUAAGAACUAUAAUAUACGAAUCUUUAUGCGAAGUGUAGGUAUACAUCCUUAACACGACUUUGCCAAUAUUACGUAUAUACUAGGUUUUCGGGGCUAACGUUCGUUAAAAUACGAGUGCGUGCGGCUAUUGAAAUCGUAUAAUAUGAUUUAUAUUUGUGUAUACAAUACAUAUAGAAUAGGUGUAAUGUCCUUGCCUGGUAACUAUACAUUUGCCGGUGUUACUAUAGACAACACAAAUAAGGAAAAAUAUUCGAUUUCGGCCUUUUCUUAUAUUUUUACUGCGCGGAUUGCACAAUUGUUAUUAUUAUUAUAUUUUUCAAACUCAUUAAAAACUAUGACUUUAGGCCGAAAAAUAGUAAAAGUUCCAUGCUUUGUAAUUUAUUGUUGUUGUUAUUAUUAUUAUUAUUAUUACGACCGAUCGAUUAUACCGUUUACGAAAAAGGUUAAGGCCGUGAUUGGUUUCCAUACAAAUACAAUGCCUUCGAGAUUUAAAGAUGUCUUGAACAUAUUUUAGUCUUGACCUUAAAAUAUUUUGACUUGCAACUAGUUACCAUAUAGGUACCUACGUUAACGUCCGAGAAUUUAAAUUCUGUUUUAUAUGGAAUAUGGAUACAUACUCGUAUUUACCGGUGGUGUUUAGACAAAUAAUAAAUCAAACAAAUUUCAAAUAAUUAUUAUUAUGCAUGUACAAUGUAUUAUCAUUGAAACGAUUAAGUGAACAAUUCCUGAGUACUUUUUUUUUUUUUUUAAUAAUUUUUUGUAUUAUGCACUUUAAUGUGGAUACGGCAAAUUAUCUAGUGUGGGGGUACUUCACACUCGAGUCCCCUUAGAUAUACUCAUAUUCAUCUUACUAUUUCUUGAAUAAUAUUAAUUGCCGGAACCCAUAUACUCAAGGAAAGUAUGCAUCUUGACACCAUUAAAUAUUUGCACAGAACAUGAGAAUUUAAAAGAAAAUAAUUUUAAACAACGGAGAAGUUUAAAUUACAUUCGGUGUGGACAAAUUACUGAAACAUAUCAGAUUUUACACAUUAUGCAAUAAUAUAAAUUCUGGAUUUCAAAUAAUCUUCAAGAAAUGAAGUUAAAAAAAAAAAAAUUCACAAAUUAUAUUAAAAUGCAGUGCACACAUUCAUAAAUGUCGUACUACGCGUAACGAAUUUUGUAGUGGAUAUAUGCUGCUUAGACGUCUCCCUAUUCGUUGACGGACCUAUAUACAUACCUCGUAUUCGUCAAUCAUCAAAAUUCUUAUUUUUCAUGUGUACCUGUAAUAUAUCAUGAGGAAUUGACGUUUUUUCUCAUUGAAAAUAUGUAACAUUUAAAAAUACCAAAUUCUCGUCUACCCUAUAUAGAUUGAUAGUAUAUGCAUAUUUUAAUCGCGAUAAGAAUAGUAGAUAUUAUAUUGUAUUGUAUUCCCUUGACCGACUGUGUUUGACUAGAUCGAUUAAAAGGCCACCGUCGUUACAAAUAUUAUUAAGUACAUCAUACUUUAAUAUUGCAGCAAAUGACACUCGUUAUCGUGCAUACAAAUUAACAUCAGUUGUGUUAUCAGCCUUGGAAUAUUUGGAUACAUUUAUGAAACUAGGUAUCCACGAUAUUUAUUUUAACAUAAUAUAAGAAAGUUAUAGAUAUACGGAGAACUUUGACUAAGCAAAAUAUUUAGUUAACGCCUUAACGGUUUUUCCCAUUAACAUAAUCGACAUUUAGGCUCAAAUGCGAUAUGAUUUUAAUUUAUUGUCAAUUUGUAAAUUAGAUUAACAAGACAAUGUGUGUCUACAGCAAUUAUUAGUAUUCUGGUCGGGUAUCGACAGCAGUUAUAUGCUUCAUGUAUACGGUUGGUUCGUAUAAUGGCAACGUCAAUAGUUUUUAUGACGUAAAGUGAAAAUAAAAAUUAUUUUUAAAAAAAACCUACUUAGGUGCAUUGCUUUAUGCUCUGCCUAUAGGUACAAUAAUAAUUAUAUUCUCGUAUAUCUUGUGUUCCUAGUCAUUAUUUUGUAUACGUCGUGUAAAAUUUUAAAUAGUCUUCAAGUUUUGUGUGGUAAUUACACAACACGUUUAAUUUUUUUAACUAUAUAUUUGUUACUAAUAUCUAGUUAAAUAUUUAAAAUUCGUCGUGUUUAUUAUAUAUAUAUGGUAUAAUUGUUUAAGUAUUUUAACCGCCACUGUCUGUGUGUCCAGUAAUUUCGCCAGUCGUGGAUCCUUAUUUCCAGUUCGUUACUUUCAAUCACUCUAUGGAUAUUGCCGUAUAACGUCCAUCCGAAGUUUCUUUGACUUUCCUCUGAUUGGCACUCAACUACUGCCCUGACUUUGUCGUUUAUAGACAUGAUGCAAUUUUCAAAAAAUUCUAAAAAUAUUUUUAAAACAUUAUUUUCUAUAUUUUCAAUAUUUUUUGGUUUUUUAGAUUCCGAGCGUAGCGAUGGAACUAUUGGUUUUACAAUUCUGUUAAUUUCUUUUUCUUUUUUCUUUCUUUGUUCUAGUCUAUGGACAAUUUUUUUCCUAGUAAACUUGCUCCAUUCUUUAUGAAUUGCACUUUUUCUAAAAGUUCAAGUUGUCUAGAUUGUACUUUAAGUUAGUUGUUUUUUGAUUUUCGAUACCAUUUUUUUAAAUAAAAGCACUUAAGUGGGAAAAAACGUAAGAAAACGUACAAUUUCACGAUUUCAUUAUUUUAUAAAAACACGGACGACGUUUUCUACCAGAAAAAUUAAUUUAAUCAAAAAAUCACACGAUACCUUUUUUGUUUCCUUGUUGAUUUACUUUGUGAUGGUAAUAUCGCUAAUACUUUUGAGCCUUUUUUGAGCUUUCAAGGAAUUUUAAUUUCUGGGAGUUGUUUUGCUGUAAUUCAGUUAUAAACAUACGUAGAAACUUGAAACUUGGUAAUACUACUUAUAUUGGAUUUACUUAGAAGUGGUAAAAUUUUCAAAAUUACCGGACGACUUUUUUUUUUUUUGAAUUUUUUUAAAAUGGUACUUAAUUUUGUAUACAUAUAUUUAUAUAUACAUUGUAGACCACAUUUAUCUUAGAAAACUUGCUCUGAUGUAUAAGUGUAGCACCUUUUCUGAAAUUCAAUUUUUUUUACUUGGUAAAUACAUUUGUCAUUUUUUGAUUUUCGAAACGGUAUUUAAAAUAAAAACGAUUAACCAGGAAAAAAAUACGAUUUUUUCAAGAUUUCAUUAUUUAAAUAAGUACCUACCACGUUUUCUAGCAAAAGUAUGGCUCCAAUUGAAAAAUGAGAAUAGACCAUAUAUUUUUUUUAUUUUUUUUUAAUAAACGUUUUGACAUCAAAUCUAAACGAAAAUCGCAAAAAAUAUUACGGCACUUCAAAUUAUAUAUUACCGAACAGCGCUCGGAAUCGUCUUUCGUAGCAAUGGUUUAUCGUUGCUUACAGAUAUAAAUUAAAUAACCUUAUGUAUCCUACCUUCCUAACUUCUCACAUACAAAAGUGGCCACUCCCAUCCCCAGUAUCAACUCUUUUUUUUUGUUAUUAGCUUUAUUAUUAAUAUUGGGCUCGCUUAAUAUCUCAUUUACCGUUAUAGGUUAAUUAUCUGAGUAAUAAUAAUUCAGUGUAUUGAGCAUCCGCGAUUCGAACAAAAUGUUUAAACUAUCAAUUAACCCUAUUUUAGUUAUUGUAAUUAUUCACUUAAAACAAAUUCGAACAUCAUUCAUAAUUUAUAUAAUUAACGAAAUGUCAAUUUAUUUUAUUUUUUUUAUUUGACAUGUAGUUAAAGUAUAAAGUAAAUUAAUUAUCAACCAGCAAUGAAUUCACGAUCAUACUAAUAACAAUAUUGUAUAAUUAACGUUGUAAUAAAAAUUAUUUAAUUGACUCAACAAUUUUUAUAUGUUUUUAACUAGAUGCACUCAGUCUCUCUUGGCGAUCGAAUUUAAUCAUCUUUGUUUUCUUUGACUCCAAAGGUCAUAUUGAUUUAAAAAAGACUGGUCAAAAACACACAUAUGUAGAGUGCAGUGUGUUUUAUCGUUUACUACGAAUGCGUUUCACUUAAACAUUUAUUAACACUGCACAGCCGAUAUUUCGACAACCCACUCAUGUCAAAUUCAAGUAUGCCGAUAUUAAUAGUAAUUCAAUUUAAAAACCUGUUAAUAUCAGAAAUAUUACUAUCAGAAGACCUUUCUAUCGUGGCUUUGCACCUCCGGGACUAGGGACUAAAACUCGAGUCUAAUAAAACUGAAUCAACCUGCUUCCAUCUAAAUAACAAACUCACCAAUGCAAAAUUCUAAAUUGAAUUUAGUGGUUCUACUCUUAACAACAACAUGCGUCCCAAAUACGCACGUCUCAUAAUAGUCGUACAGAUUCUUUAUAUAAGUAGAACAUGUUUAACUCACCUGAAUGCGACUGCAGUGUCAAAAAACAGACAAUCAGCCGCAUUGCUUUUGAAUGUCCAGUAUGUUCCAACCAAGAGUUUUCAAAAUCCCAACAGAGUCAAAAUCCUGAAAGUUCAAAAUCCUAAUAAGGUUUAAAUCCCAAUAGUAGUGAAAAUUCCAAUAGAUGUAAUAACACUGAAUUUAUUUUUUCACCUUAGAACAUAAUAUGAUCAUAUUUUAUUAUUUUACUCUAGCAAAUUCCCUAUAUGAAAAUACGAAAAAAUAUGACAAAAUUUUGAGUGACAUUCUUACUAGGUCUUGUCGAGAUUUUAAUUUUGCGAGAUUUUAAUUAUCUAGACCUCGUUUCUACUAAGGAACAAAUAAUUAUUUUUUCACCACGUCGGCUUAACAUGCUAUCUGAAAAUGACAUUUUUUACCCUACUUUAGUAUUAGAUACGACAAAAAUGACGGCACUUCUUCAUUUUUUCGUUCACUAAAAGGCUACGCGACUGCUAGCCGUAGUCUAGCUUAGUUAUUAUUGAAAUUUAAAUAAAAUUCUGUUCUCCCACUGUUUAAAUUUUAUUAAUUUAUCUUAAAUUUAAAAUGGGUACUUACAGCUUCAGACAAAUUAAUAUAAUUUGUCAAUACUGGAUACACUCAGGUUAUGAAAAAGUUAAAAAUGUUGAACGGAGCGCACUUAGAAUAUUCCCGAAAAAUGUAUCAUCUUACAGUCCCACCGUUUUUAUUCAAUGGUAAAAACGUUAAACCACUAACAUUGAUACCACAUACGUCAUAUUGUCUAUAUAUUUACCGGUAUAUAAUUACUAUUCGUUUAUUUACUUAUCCAUUAAUUGUUUACAUAUACAUCUCGUUUUCUUUUUUCAUUUAUAAAUUAAUAUUAAUUUUUAUUAUAAUUUCAGUUAUUAGAUAAAUACUAAUGUACUAUUCUUAAAUUAAAUUUUGCUGCAGCGUGUAGUUUUUUUUAUAUCAUACGGCAAUUAAAUAACACUUCUGGUGUGAUUAUUAUUGUUAAUACGUUUUAACUAUCUAAAAUAUGACUAUGCCAAUUCUAUUCAUGAAAAUAAACAUACGCAUACCUAUUUUGCAUUUUAAUAGUAUUGUUUAGUUAUUGACGAGUGUGUAAAUAUUCACGUUUCUUUCGAAAUAAUUAACCGAGUGCCUAACUAUUUAAAUAAAUAUAAUUACAGUUAGCCUAACCUAGAGAAUUAUGGUUGUUAGAAAAAUAUAGAGGUGUCGGAACGAUAUUUUAAAUAUUACAUAUUACUUUAAUUCCGUACUGUAGUUCUUGUGUAUUUACUGCCCGCCGUCGUAGUGACUUUUUAACUUUAAAAUGUACUAUACACACAAUGUACCAUUUUCUAUAUAGUAGUUUCCUAAUUUACAUAUAUCACCCCGAUGUGGUUAUUCGAUGACUAAUAUUUUUAGAUUUUAGUUUUAUAUUAGGUUAAUAUCCUAUUAGGAUAUUAACACUUCCUUAGAACAGUAUCUGGUUUGGACGUGAUGGAGUUUUGUAAUUAUUGACGUCAAUGUUGAUUUGGAUCUUUGAGGCUACAAUCUCCCUAUAAUUUGUCUGAUAACUGCAUAAUAUCCAACUUGAAAUAUCAGACUGGUCUUUUAGUAUUAAUAUACUAUGUAUAUUAUUUAAUCAAUGGUAUGGUUAUAAUAUUACCAGUUUUAUCAGUUGUCAUUACAGCUGUUCAGUGGCGUAAUUGAAAAUGUUUUUAGGGGAGGGAUAUCAAAAUAAAUCUUCAUGACAAUUUCAUUAGCCCCACACAAUCCCCUCCUUACCAACAUUUAAUAACUUAUCACCAGGGCUCGGAAGUUUUCUAUUAAAUUAGCAUUUGAACUUUCAAUUUGUACAAAAUAACAAUAUACUAUUUAAAUAUAACUCAUGAAGGGAUCUAUCCCCCAUAUCUUUCCCCCUUAAUAACGCCCCUAUAGCUGUUACAUAUGAAUUAAAUUGGUAUAAACAACUUGCUAUUAGGAUCGCUUAACAUACAGGUUUAUAUUGAUUCAAUUAUAACCAUAAUAAUUUGUUUACUGAAUACUUGAUAAUCAACCUAACCUGUGAUCAUACAUUUAAGCCCCCAAAAACAUUUUACGCUACAAGGCAACUGCCUCUGUUGCUUUUGCGAUAGCUACGCCACUUUUAGAGUCGAACAUACUUCCUACUUUUCUAGACCAUUGUAACCGAUUUGUAAUCUAAUGUUUAUUAUCGUAUUUAAGUCAUUGUCUUAUAUUAUCUUUUAUCGAUUUUAAGUGUUUUAAAUGUGACACUUUUUUAUAUUUAAUACUUUCCGAUUCUAUAAAUUACCGGUUUUUGAUACAUAGUUUUAAACAAAACAUUAACCGACAUUAAUUUGUAUUCGCUAUAACUUACCUACCUAUUUAUUAUAUUUCGUGUCGUGAAUUCUUAUUUCUUCUCAUAUUGAAACAAAGUAUAUAUUAAUAUAAUAUAUGUGUGUGUAUGUAUCACACUAAACACGUUUUUAAUCGUAUAUAAGUCUAACCUUUAUAUUUUUCAAAUGAAUGAAAUCUAGUUAUAGGCCCGAUUUAUUUUUUUUUUUUUUUUAGAAAUGCAUUUUCUGAUGCAAUAUAGCGGAUAUACAUAAAUUAAAAAUACAUCUCGAACACGGAUUUAUAUCUGUAUAUCCUAUAUAUAUAUAUAUAUGCCUAUGUUCUUGGACCACCCGGCGUUAACGGAUUAACGGAUUAUAGGCAAUAAAAAUAAAUAAUGUAGGAAAAAUAACCGACCGACUGACUUUAGGUGUAGCCAUCCACGUUUUGCUUAAUGGGAACGUUCCCCCCCAAUACAUUUUCAGGAUAUAUAUUAAACAUUAUGCAUAUGAUUAUUUUCAGCAGGCCUAAGGUCAACGCGUAAAACAUAAUUAUACGUCAAGACAUCAGGUAGGUUUCAUUGAGUCUCAAUUUGUUAUAAGUAUAAUAUGCAGUCAAACCCUAUAUACUACAGGAUUCCAUUUUCUAUAUUAUUUUAAAUAGCAUUUAGGUAGGCAUAUUAUAAUUCCGAUGAUAAACCGUAGAGAAUAUUAUGGAAAUUCGGAGAAACAUAUUUUAACGAAAAUUAUGAAAUUAUAAUUUAUGUAUAAACUCGUAUACUUAUAUAAGCUUGUACAUAUUUUUUUUAAGUUUUUAAAUAAUUACAUUUUUUUUCCUUCUAUAAAUCAGGAUUUACUGAAGUAUAUAAUUUGUUUUAAUUAUUAUAUCCUGGAUGAUUGGAUAAUGGUUUUCUUUGAUGUCACAAAAAAAUCAUUUUAAAUCUUUUACGACAAUGUUAUUUUUCUUUUACAUAUCAUCGUCUCUUUUGGGAGGUCAGGAAUUGUACUUUAGCUAUAAUAACUAUAAUAAACUUUUAAAAUUAAUUUCUUGUUACACUCAGAGUCUAAACGGUUGAAACAAUUCAACCUAUGUCUAAUAACAUUUUACUAGUCUUUUAGGUCCCCAAAACAAGAUGAUUUUCUCCAUCAAAUCUUAACUUCAAAAACUUAUAACGUGUUACUUCAAAGUGACUAUAUUUUAGAUUUUUAGAGUAGCGAAGAGUGUAUUAGUUUUACAAAGAUGUUAUUUUUUUUAUACGGUGUACAACAAUUCUACCAGAAAUCCUAAAAAGUAUCAAGUAUAGUGUCUUUUCUGAAAGGAAAUUUUCUCGGGCUGGUGUUUUAGAUAUGUAAUUAUUUGAUUAUCCCAAGAGUUUUCAUAAUAAAUGGAAAUAACCGAGAAAAAACGCAGGAAAAACGAGAAAAUUUACGAAAUUUACAAUGCUUUUAUUAUUUUCAAUUUUGUUUUUUUUAUUGUAAUUCACUAAAAAAUAUUCGUAGAGACUUGCAAUUUUGACAAAAACCUUAUAUUUUCCUUUUAUAGGCGUGGUAAAAUUUGCAAAACAUUUGAGUCAUUUUUAAACUAUUAGACAUUUUGAUUUUUGAACUUUAUUUAUAUAUUUAUCUAUAUUAUUUUAUUUAUAAUUAUAUAAUUAUAAUUUAUUUAUUCGGUAGGUACUCUGUGAAUAAAAUUGUUACACCAAACAAAAAUGAAAAAUGUUUGACAAUUUUUAACAGGACAUUUAUUAUAAGUGGUACUUAACGAUCAACAAGAAAAAUUUGAGUUUAAUGUAAUAUAUUUAUUUUUAUAAGAAUUUUAUUUUUUACACGUGACAACAAAGUUACCUAUAAUAGCACAGUCCUCGUAUACUCGUAUCGAACAAUAAUUGCGCUAAACCGUUCGAAUUUGACAUUCCUAUGUCGACUGAAUUUAAUAACUACAAGAUAUACCCAUGUAUCGAUGUAUCUGCAUGCAGUGUGGUCGUGUGGAUACUCUUUCUUUUUUUGUCUUAUUAGAACAAUAUAUGAUAAAUUAUAAAUCAGCAAAUCCCCACGUGAAACCGUAGUUUAUAAUGUCGUUGUCUUUAAUUUGAAUGAAUUAUUUUUUAUUUUAAGUCUAUUAGAUCCGGAGUUCUAAUGAAAGUAAAAAAGCAUUUUUGCUAUACUACCCGUUAGAUAGGGACAGCAACUUUUACUGUGAUGCACUGGCUAUUAAUAUUCUAAUUUAUUUUAUAGUUAGAAUAUCCUCAUUCGAAUAACCUAUAUUUUCGCUAUGUAUCUUAUACAUAAACCAGUCUGAAAUUAAAAUUAAAUAUGUCUAUCUACCUUUAUAAGUAUCCCAGAUAGCAUAUCCAUAAUGAUAAUAUUAUAUAUAAUAUUAUAUUAUUAAAUAAAUAUUGACAGUGUAUCGAAUAAAUAUUUUGUAAAAUAAUAAUGUGAAUAUAUUAUUAAUAACGAAUUUUUAAAUAAUAUAAUAGAUCGGUAUAUUAUUAAUAACAAAUUUUUAAAUGAUAUGAAUAUAUUAUUAUAAACGAUUUAUUAAAAAUGAUAUUUUAAAUGUAUUAAUAAUAUGACAUCAUUGAUGAAUUAAUCAAAUAAAAUCCUGAAUAUAUGAUCACAAUAUUGUUAAAAUCUAUAUAAUUAUAUUACGUUUCAAAAAUAGUUCUAUAUUUCUUUGUGAUAUUCUACCAUAGAUAGACAUGAUAAUAAUAUAAAAUAGUAUAGAUAUAUAUUUUCUACGUUGGAAUUUAGCAGUUUAUUAUCGGGUUUGUUCUAAUGUAUGCCCGUAGCUGCAUAAACAAUCUAUAUAAUAAUAACAGUAUUAGCGUUUUCCGAGUACAGACCGUUGGGUUACUAACGACCGAUUGAUUAUAACACAGAAAUCGCCAAAUUGGAAAAAUUUAUUAAUAUAAACAAAUAUUAUUACGAUUAAAAGUACACCAAGACCACAACGGGUCGACCGAGAUUUACUCAUCGUGUCCAUAUAUAACUUAACAUAAACUAAAAACACAUAAUUUGUAAUGUAUAGUUGGCAGUUAAAUUAAAUUUGCAUUUUUAAUUUAUUGUAUUUGGUCAUUACAUUAUAUUAUAGUGUUAUACAUUACCGUAGCCAUUUUUUUUUUUGGGGGGGGGGCACUUAUCAUUUUUAUAUAAGUCACCAUAUUUUGUUAAACGAUAAAAUACACCGAAAUAACCAAUAAACAAAUAAAGGGGGCGCGCCCCCACCACCCCUGGAACUGGUUUGUACUAUUCAGAGGAGGUUUAAGUUCCUGUUCCUUAAAAGUCCGCAAUUUCGAGAUGUCACUGUAUAGAUAGGUACUUGUACCUAUAUAUUAUAAUAUUUUGAAAUUUACUUACAUAGUCAUAAAAUCAACUUCUUCAUAAUUAGAUAAGUAGUCAAGUUGAUAGGGCAUUAGUUUCGAUAAGGCUGGGUCUCUGGUUUAUUACCUGACUGUAGCAAAUUACGAAAUUCCGUUUUUUUGCAUUUUUUUUUUAACAAGAAAAAAAUGUUUGAAAAAUAUAGUUUCUAAAAUAUUUAAUAAGCGAAAAUCGUAUGGCCAUCCGUUAUUUUCUAAAUAUUAUUUAAAUGAAAAAUAUGGAAGUAUAAAACAUUUUAUAAAUCAUUUCAUUUUAAUAAUAAUAUUUUAUAAAUCUUAAUAAAAUAUAUUUUUACUAUCUGGGAUACAAAUUUGUAUUCUUGAUAAGGAACAGAAAUUUUGACUUUUAAACAUUUCGAACAAAUCAUUAUGUUGAUAUACGAGUUAUAAGUGUGUUUUUUCCUACUUUUCUGAUGGAUUGUAUAUAUUAUUCAAUAGUUUCUUUUCUUGUCGUACGUCUGUACAACCAGAAGAACUGCAAUACAAGCGCGUAGGUAGGUACGUUUAGCCUUGACUCUUUGUAGACGCACACAAAAACCAGUAAAUUAUCUCAUUUAAAAGUUUUAUUUUUUAGACACUUAGACUUGUUUGCUAUUUAAUGUUACUCCAAUAUGUAUUAUAUAUGUCAUAAUAUUGAACUACUAAAAAAAAAGGGGGUGUAAGUAGAUUACACAACAUUUCUAUUAAACCACGUCAAUACUUUUAGUGAACUAAUCGAUUUUAUCUGUGAUAUAUAAUAGGCUAAGUAGAUGUAGUUACAGUUUAGAUUCUGAGUGUACUAGAUAAUGUAUAAGUUUUACAAAGAUGUUUAUUUUUUUUUUUUUUAUGUGAACACUUUUUUUACCAGAAAGCUUAUUCUGAUGCAUACUAUGUAAAACCUUUUCUAAAAGUAAAUUUUCUUGGGAUGGUACUUAAGGGAAGUCAUUUUUCAAUUUUCCCUAGAGUUUUCCCAGCAAAUGUGAAAAACCGAAAAAAACGUAGGAAAAACGGGAAUUUCGGUACAAUAUUAAAAAAUUAUUAUUAAAGCAAAUACAUAAUGCUAAUUAAAUUAUUUUACCAUAAUAUGUCAAAUAUAUUGUUGACAAUGAAUCAUUAUAUUAACUGAACUCCGCUUAGAAUCGUUUUUUCGUUGCUUACAGAUGUACAUCAAAUUUCUCCUCUACUAUAUUCCCAAUUUCUCACCCUUAACAGUGGCUGCACCUGUCCCCAUUAUCCUAAGACAGCUUUUGUUUUUUUUUUAAUUCACACCGAAAUAAUUUAUAUAAAUGUAAUUCUUUAGAGUUAUUUUUUGAAAGGUCUAUACAUUUCAAAAGCAUUUCCCGUUAUUUAUGGUUUAUAAAACUUGCAAUUAAUAGAUUAAACAUAAAAUAUUUAAUUAGCGAUUAAAAUGUUUAAAACUUAAAACAAAACUGCACUUAUAAAUAUGUAUGUACUAAGUAGUAUGCGUUUACACAUUUCCAUAAUGCACUAAUGUGUUUUGAAAAGAAUAAUAUUUAGUUUUUUAUUGACGCGUCUACCAAUUAUUUUAGGUACCUAUCUCUAAUAUUCAAAUAGAUUUUUUGUCGAAAUAAAAAUUUGAUUUCUCUUUUGGAUUUUGAGUAUGAGGAAAGUGUUAAAUAAAUAUAGGUAUAUUUGUUUGUCUUUUUUUAAAAUUAUGAACGGAACAAAGAAUAUAUUCAUUUUACUACGAGUAAGAUUUUUUUUAAAUUUUUGUAGUUUUUUUGUCUGUAAACAACUUUUGCAGUCAAAAGGUUAUUUUAAUGGAAAAAAUUCCAAGAGGCCUUAUUUUUUUUUAUUAUGGAUCUUGUUGGCGUCAUUUUUUAAUUUUCCAAAUAGUUUUCAUAAUGAUUAAGACAAACUAGGAUAAAACGGGGAAGUGUACAGCAAUAACAGUUUAUUAUUAUAUAUUUUUUUUUUUUAUUUCGAUUGAAAAUAAUACUAGAGACCUGAAAUUUUUAUAGAAUACUUAUAUCAACUUUUUUCUAAACGUGAUAAUAUAAUUUUAAAUGUAUUCUGUAGAUUUUUGAGACAUUCAUUUUGAGAUGGGUAUUUGACAUUUAUGAAUUUUAUUUUUAUUUUGUUACAUCAUGCACAUAAAAUUAUUCGGCCAAUCAGAGACGCUUGACAAAUAAAAACGAGUAUAUUUAUAAAUUAUACUUAGCGGUUUAAGUUCAAAUUUUUAUGAAAACCGUAAAAAUUAUAAAAUUUCAAAAUGUAUUUAACCGAACUUUGUACAAAACCGUUCUACUUCAGCAAUGAUUUAUCGUUGCGUACAAGUGUAAAUUAAAAAACUUUAUACACCCUACAUGGCUACAUUCCCAAAUUCAAUGGCACACCCAUCAACAGUAUCAGCUCUUUUGCGAAAAUCGUGAAGAGUAAGUGGUUUUUGUUAAGCAAGUGAAAUUGUGUUCUAGUUUUUACUUUUACUAGAUUUCAAAUUUACGUUUUUCUCAAUGUUUUCUAAUUUCCAAAAAUGUCGAAAAAUUUGUUAAAUUUAUAGAAUUACAUAUAUUUUAUUUUUCACAAAUUAUUUUAUAUUUAGGUCAAAGCUGCUUUUUUUAAAUGUAAUAAAUUGUUACAGUAAUAUUUAAAUUUAUAAAAAAACUAACUGGUUUUUGUUAUUUUAAUGGUUUCUUAAAACAAUUUAAUCAGUACAUUUUUUAAGAUAUAAGGUUUUGUGAACAGAAUAAUAUUUUUUUUAAACAUUUCAUAAAACAUACGAAAAAAGCAACUAGAUACUGACAAUAAUUCAUUAAGUCUAUUCAACAUUUGUUUAAAUAAAUAUUAACUAGCUAUCUCGCGCCCGGCGUUACCUGUACCAAUUUUUAAGUUUUUAAUUUUGAUUAUUUUACCCAUAUUAAUUUUUGAUUUUGACCGUGUUAGAAUUGAAUGAAAACAAAUAGAUGGACAGUGGGUAAUCUACCUUCGACGAACUAAAUGUGUUCUAUUGUGAAAUUUUGAUAGUUUAAAUAAUAGUAAUAAUAAUAACUAUAAUAGUUUUCUUUUCCGUAACACUAAGGUAACCCUUGAAUAAAUAAAAAUAAAUAAAUAAUCAAUUAUAUAUUCGUACUAAGUAUACCUAAAACCCGUAUUUUACCUCCUUAAAGGUUAAUUUCUCAAAAAUCCUUUCUUAGCGGAUGCCUACAUCAUAGUAUCCAAAUUUCCACCAGAUCUGUCCAGUGGUUUGGACUCAUGAAUCAGUUAGUCAAUCAGGAUAUUUUAUAGAAUGAGAGAGAGAGAGAAAGAGAGAUUAGUUAUUGAUUUUUCUAAAACAUAUGAUAUUAUUUUAUCGGGUCAAGGUAUAAAUUCUCGGUUUUUAAUCAAAUAUUAUGCAGUUAUAGUAGAGAAUAACUUAUUAUGCUAAUACUAUUUCAUAAUAUUCAAAAUGUAAAUAUUAAAAACAUUACCUAUAGGUACGUACGCACUUGAGGAAAACGAUUGUCAGUUAAAUGUUACGUACUUUGAUACUUAUAUAAAUCGAUUUUCAACAUUUUACGUGAUUGAAUGCAUUAAAAAAAAUUGAAAGAAAAAAUACAUUUAUAUAGGUGAUAAUUGAGUAUUCAUUUUCACCAACGAAUCAAAUGGGUACUAUCGUCGACACCGUAUAUACAUAUUGUGAUGCAGUUAUAGUAAUUAUUAUCAUCGGUAAUAAUCGUGUUUUUCCACGUCUGACUGUGCCGCGGCGGUGGACCAGCUAUACAGCCGAUAUACCCAAUCGAAGAAAGUACCUGUACCGCGACCACCGGUUUUAUAUAAUAUAUGGGCAGAAAAAGUAAUUUACCUUGAUUCGGGUCUGUGAACCACCGGUGUAUAAUGUGUUUUAUAUAUGUAUGACAUUAUGUAUUUCGUUACUGGAUCAUAUUAAUGGGUUAAGGGCAAAUCGAAAUCCAGGUGAAAAGUCGCGCGAUUGCGAGCAUUUAAGACAACCUACAAAAUAAUAAUAAAUAAUAUUGUUGUUAUUCUAAUCGUUUUUUUUUUCAAUUUUAUUUUCGGUUGAAAUAAAGUAACGAAAAUCUCGUCGACCCCGUGUAAAUAUUUCUAUCGUGUGAUACAAUUAUUGUUGCUCAUUGUUAUAAUAUUGCAGACGAGUAUAUUAUAAAGGCCGCGCAUCGUGGUCGUGGUUUCAACGUGAUGUUAAUCGAAAUAAGUCGUGCACCGAAAGACCCAAAUCGGCACUUACAUAAAUAAUUAUAAUGAUGGUAUAGCCGGUACCGUGAGAUAUUGGCUGCGUGCGAAGCGCCUUUCUAAAAGAAGAAUAUCCGCGAUUUAUUUCUACAACCCGCGACGAACUUAAACGGCUACUGCGGCAAGCCUGCAGGAUUAUUCUCGUAAUAUAAAAUGAUUGACUGUAAUUGUUAAUUAUAAGGUUCGUGCUGCAGUAAAAAUAUACAAUACCGCAAUAUUCAUCUCCGUUAGUUUGGGAAUUUUUUUUAUCGUUUUUUUUUUUAUUUUUUUCAUAACAUUCAUGAUAAUAUAAUAUUGUGCAGUGCACAAGGUGUAGAAACAGCCGCAGAUUCCAUACGUACAAAACAAUAACGUCAAUUUAUCACUUAUGAUUUGUUUUAAACAAUUUAUAUUAUAUAUAUUAUAUAUAUUAUAAUAUAUUUAGCGUAGAAAACACGCAAUUCUUACACCGAGCCAUGAAGUGGCGUAUUUACAGGAGGGGGGAUAUAGGGGUUAUAUCCCCUCCCCGGGAGAUUAUCUGAAACAUAAUUUUGAUAGUUGUAUGAACGAAACAAAGAAUAUUAAAUUCAAUAUUGAAAAAAAAAAGUUUUAAUAUAAAUUUUAUCAAUUAUUAUGCCUCAUGAGUUAAAACUAUGAUUUGAUAACAAAUUCAAAACUUUGUGCCGUCCUCAAUUACAGAAUCAAUAACUGAACAGUAGAAUCAAUGUUUUAGAAAGUUAAACUUUCCAGGCUCAAUGUUGUUCUAAAAAGAAGUUUUAAAGCAUUUUUGAUGUAUGAUUCAUAGAAUUUUCCAACUAUUAAUAAAUUAUUAAAAAUUGUAUGCACGUUGCGACCCCCGAAAGAACGUUUUUAACGCUGAAACGAGUAAAAACGUAUUUAAGGAACACUACGGGCCUUUUUAGCCUAUUGAUUAAUUAGGCCCUGGCUACGGGUCAAGUAAAUUUUAAAACAAAUUUUACACUUGCUGUUUGUUAUUAUGUUUCUAUUGUUUUAUUUGUCUUUAGAAUCAACUUUUUCAUGCUGUCGGUACACAAAAACAUAACGAUCACACAUGAUAAAGUUCUCGAUAUUCCUUCAAUGUCCUCAAGAAAAUUAGACUUUGUUUUAUAGUAAAAUCCAAAUUUGCGUUAACAUGUAACACGUAUACAGAGUGAUUUUUUUUAUUAUGGGUUAUACUCAAUAUCAUAUAGGGUUUAAUAAGAAAUUAAAAUGUUUUUUUUUUUCAUAUUGUUUUUAUACAAUGUGAUCUCAAUUUUUACAAUUUUUUUUGUUUUUACAUCCUUAUAUGGAUAUUAAGUGGUCCAUGAUAAACAAAUAACUUUUUGUAAUAAUAUAUAUAUAUGUAUAUAUGUUUAUAUGUUUAAAUUAAUAUAUUUUUAUAUUGAAUAGAUGAUAUGGCUGUUAAAAUCUAUAUAUUUCCUAUUAUACUUGUUUUAAUCAGAGAACGAAAACAGAGCUUUUAGUAAAAUAUUGGAUGUAUUGGUACUUUAAGGACAUUAGUUUUUUAUUUUCUAAGUUUUUUUUAUAAUAAUUGAGAUAAAACGGGAAAAAAACGUAGACAAAUUGGGAAAGUUUAAUAACUGUUCAAUUAUAUUCGAUUUUAUUCUAAUAAUUUGAUUUAUUUAACUAAUAUUAGCUUUUUCUAGACGUGGGUCGGAAAAGUGAGGCAAUUUAUCACUUAUCACCUUAGUUAAAACAUUGUAAAAGAAAAAUAAGCCUCGCUUUAUAAAUCAAUUUCGGAACACUUAUAAGGUAUGGAUACCUAUUUUCUAUGGGUUCUAAAAGGUAAUAAUUUUUAAAAAAAAAGUCCAGGGAGGAGUAAUUACCUCGUUAACCCCUAAUUAUCCUCUAUUGUAAUACCAUUGUAUGUAAAAUUAACGAAUAAAUUUUAAUUUCAACUUCUCAACUAAUUUUGGAAUUGUAAAAUCAAAAUUCAUCAAAACAGGACGGACAUAUUAUAUAUAAUUGGUGGGCUACUGUUAUAAGUGAGAAGUUGAAUAGACGAUAGAUAUAGAGGGGAAUUUAAUGUCUAUCUAUAAAUAACGAUUAACCAUUACUAAUGAAAAACAAUUCUGAGCAGAGUUCGGUUACACAUGUUUUGAAAGACCGUAAUAUUUACAAUUUUCGUCAUAAUUUGAUGUUAAAAUUCUUAUCAAACAAAAUACUUCAUCAAAUUCCACUUUUUUAUUUUAACCAAAAAGUACUACUUAUAAUAAACCUCCAGUUAAUUUGUUUAGCUUUUUUGUUUGGUCUAUCAUUUUUUUUCACAGAGUUCUUGCCGAAUAAAAGUUACGUAAAAAACUCAAAAAAUUUAAAUAUCUAUAAAUAGCUCGAAAAUAGUACAAAAGUUUUUAACGUCUAGAAAAGGCACAUUUAAGUUUUCUGUGCAGAUUUUAAGUCUUUACAAAUAUUUUUAACUGAAUCACAACAAAAAAACAAAAUUGAAAAUAAUAAAUUUUGUAAUUUUUUUUUGAUUUUACCUCAUUAUUAUAAAAACUGCUUGGAAAAUCAAAAUAUCUCCUUAAAGUACCAAUUAGAUAAACAGAUAAGAAAAGUAAAAAUUUGGUACCCAAUAUAAAUAAAGGAAAAAAAUAAACAUCAUUGUAAAAACAAUACAUUCCUCGUUUCGCUCAGAAUCUAAAACAAUUAGUGGUAGCAUGUCUUAACAACUGUGACCAAUUCUGAGUGCGUGAAAAUAUAUAUUACCCAGUAUAACAAAAAAAUAAAAACAAAAUUCAAAUCGCAAAGAGUGUUGUGAAUUAAUGUCUCUACACUGUUUAGAACAGUAGUUUUCAAACUUUUUUGACCACGGUUCGCUUUUCACAUUUUUACGGCAUACUGUGACAUUUUUUUGUCAUUGUUUAAUUUUUUGCACAAUAUUAGAAAUAAUAACAAAAUUGACGAGUCAUACACAAACAAGUCAUAAUCAAAAGAGUUACAAUUUCAUACUUAAUGAAUUAAAGGAUUAUGGAUUAAAGGAAAACAAAUUUCGUAAUACUGCGGCACAUCUAGUGAAUGCUCAUGGCACAUUUAGACACAUCAUGACACACAGUUUGCAAACCACCGGAUCAGAAUAUACUAUUUAAUAAUCAUUUAUUAUAUCCGUGUAUUUGUUUGAAAUAAAAUAUUAAUUUUUCGACAAGUCGGGGGGAACUUAGAUUUUACAUCUCUGGUCUCAGGAAAGAAUGGCUUGAUUUUUUUUGAUAUUUUUUUAAAAUAAUAUAUUGUGUAAUUUUUAUUUUACGUACGUAUAUUUCAAUACAUAUUACUUAUUAUACUUAAAGAUAAAAUAUCUUAUAUCACUAUGAUGUAAUUUUGUUUGAAAAAAAGACAUUUAGGAUGCUAUUAUAGGGUUAUUUUGGUUAGGCUAUUAGUAAUUUAAUCAUUUCGCAGUUAUACCAUUAUGCCAUUUUCAAUAUUUAAUUUGCUUGCAUUAAAAAAUAUAAAAAUCGGCUUAAGUCCGAAAAUAUAAUGUCGAAGUUAAUUUUUUUUUUAAUUAUUCUACAUAUAGUUUAUUUCUUACGGUUACUUUGUUUUCGAAAAAAGUGUCGGAGGAGUUAAACAGUUGUAUAUAUAUCAAUAAAUUCGAAAAUGAAAAAUGUUACGGUUGUUUAUGUUAAUAUUAUUGUGCCCAGUGAAAUGUAUGUAAAUCUAGUUUUGGUUCUAUAUAAAUGUAUACAAAUUUUUGUGGGUAAACCUACAUGUAUCGUUCAAAUACAUUAUUUAUACAACGCUCCUAAUCGAACCCACCGAAGUGAACAGUCAGUAAUUUUAAUGUUUUUUUGACAUACCUAUGGUAAUAUUAUCAAAGAAUAAUGGUGAGUAGAAGUAAUUUUUUUCGAUACGUACGUCUGUAUUUGACAUCAACAGUAACUUUUUUACCUGAGCAGGAAUUAGAUGACCCGGAAUAAAGUUUUGUUUUAGAAAAUGUACAGUUUUGUCGACGAAGAGUUCCAAAAUAAUAAUAUACGUAAUACCAAAGAAGUUAAAAGCUCAUUUUCACUCUGGAUUACUUUGUCCACGACAGUUAUUUAUUAUGGUACUGCGGAACCAUAAUAAUUAUUAUUCUGCAGUAUUAUCCCAUUCGAAACUCGAUUGAGAUAUUGCGUCAAUUUAAUACUUAUUGUAUAUUUUCUUUCAAAUAAUACACAACAAUAAUAUACCUAGGCGUACGUUAUGUGUCACGAUUUGUAUGCACAUUGUUUUUAAGUUUUUUUUUUUUUUUAAGUGUAUGCAUUUGUUUGAAAUAAUGAUUAAUACAUUAAUAGAUGAAUGCAUAAUUUAUACUAAAACGGUUCAUCGAUAAUCGAUAACACGAUUGUUCCAAAAAUUAUUCGCCGAAUCAUUUGUAUUUGGAGGAGUGUCUACAUUAUCAUAACUAUAUUCGUUGCAUACUAUACUCUUGUACAAUGACAAAAUUAAACUUAAAUUGCAUAAUGAAUUAUCCUUACCACAAUAGUAUAUAAUAUUAAACUGUCUUAUCUUUUCAAUUCUUAUAAGGGAAAGUCUUGAUAAUAAUAUAUAUAAUAUUAUAGGUAUUACAUCAUUAAAUCGAAUUGAAAAUUUAUUUAUCUAUGAAGGAUCCACUUGAAUAAUGUAAUUCCUACGGAUUGUUGUUAUUUUUUAAUUUAAAAUGGAAUAACUGGAAACAAUAGUAAGGUACCCAUAGUCCCAUAAUAGUAGGUACAUCGAAACCGUGGUUUCGAAAUGCAGCGUAAUAUAAUACAGUGAUAAGAGUUUUUAACGUUAAAUUUGCAAGUAUAUAAUUGAAAAAUCUGUUCGUAAAACGAUUCCAUAAUAAGUAUAAAAUGCGUGCAAUAAUAAUGUGUUAAAUAUAAUACACAUAUAUGUGGUCCAUAUAUAUUAUGUAUAUGAUAAUAACAAUUUUUAAAACGUGAAAAGGAACUUGAAAAAAAAAACGGUCACUUGGAACAAUAACAAAAAAAAAAGAGCCGAUACUGUGGACGGGUGUGGGCACUGUUGUGUGCGGGUAGUUGGGAAAAGGACACAUAAGUUAUUUAAUGUAUACUUGAAUAGAGGCUGUAUCCAACGAUAACCAUUACUAACGAAAAACGAUUCGGAGUGAAGUUCAGUAAUACAUGUUUUUAAAAGACCGUAAUAUUUACUAUUUUUGUCAAAAUUUGUGUUUAAAACUACUAUAAAAAAAAAAAAAACUAUAUUACACUUUAUUUUUUAUCUUUUUUACCACUUCGUACGAUUUAUAAUGAACCUCUUGUCAAAAUAUUAAGCAUUUCUAUUUAGUCUAGCAUUUUCAUAUGCAUAGAGUACCUAACAUUAAAUAUAAUUACGUAAACAACUCGCAAAAUUUAAAUGUCUAUAAGUAGCUCAAAAAUAACUCAAAUGUAUAGAAAAUUUUACUACGACUAGAAAAAUAAAUAUAAGUUUUCUGUCAAAUUAUUAAGUUCCUACGAAUAUUUUUAACUUAAUUUUAAAUAAUAUAAGAAUUAUUUUCGUAAAUUUUCUCAUUCUUUCUACUUAUUUUACUGUUUUGAUCAAUUAUUCAAAAAAAUUACAAAGAAAAUUAAAAUCAACUUAUUUGGUCACCAACAAGAUUAAAAAUUAAAUAAAAAAGAUCUAUUGUUAUUUUUCUAUUCGAGCAAUAUUUCUAGUAGAUAGCAGAAAGCUUAAAUAUUUGUCAGUUUUUAUUUUACGUUUUUAUCCAGUUUUUCCAAAUUAUUAAAAAAAAAAUUACAAAGAAUAUCAAAAAACAAAUCGUCAUUGAGCUAUUAGAUCAAUAUUUAUAGUAUGAAACCAUAGCCGUAAAAGUUUUAAACAAUAAAAUCGUUGCCCCGUAAUUUGAGAAAAAAUAUAUCGUAGUUUUCGUGUUUUUGAUUUUUUCCAAUUAUUAUAAAAACCACUUUGGAUAUCCAAAGUGGUUUUCCUUAUUCAGUAGUUAUAUAUUAAAAGGAACAAAAUCGUUAUUAUGUUAUUUUUCGAUUGGAACAAUAUUUCUGGUAAAAAACAUAAGUUGCAAAAAUUAAAAACAACAAAAUGGUUAACACCGCGCCUUGGUGUGCCGUGAAUAUUUGCCGUUUUAUCUACAAUUUUCUUUUCAAUUUUUCCCAAUUUUUUUUAAAAAUCUGUUGGAAAAUCAAAAAAAAAGUCUUCCUCAAUACACCGACAAGACUAAAUUUCCUUUUAGAAAAGUUGAUACUCUCUAUAUACUGCAUCAUAAUUUCUAGUAGGAAGGUUGUUUACAGAUACAAAAGAAAAAAAAAAUACGAAAACACAGAUCAUAGUAAAACUGAUACGCUCCGAAUCUAAAAGCAAUCAAUCGAAAAAGAUAAGGUUUUUCGUCUCGUGCGGAUCGACUGAAGUGAAUUAUUAUGCGAAAAUAACUUCUGUCUCCCCAUAAAACCUAUAUUUUUUUGUAUAAUAAUAAAAUAAAUUAAAUUAAUUUCCUUUCUUUUGUUCAUUUUUUUUUUAAUUUGUUUAAAUUCGGUAUAAAUUGAAACUAUAUAUAUUUACUGAUAUUUUACGAUUUAAUAAUUUUAAUAAUAAUUAAUAGGCAUAUUAGCGAAAUGAUUUUAUAUUCUAUUAUGUGCGGUAUAUUAAAGGAAGGGCGAGGACUGUAGUCUUACCCGAAAUCUGUUCCGGUUCGGUACGCCAAUAUUAUACAGAUCGAUAUUCCUUGUUCCUCGAAUCCGACGAUAAGAAUACUCGCAGACUUUUGGAUAAGAAUGAUUGUUACUAAAAAAACAGUGUGUUGCCUCGUGCCGCUCAAUUCUUUUAAAUAAAUACCUAAUACACGUUUAAAAAAAAAAUGUCAACAACGUACUAAUAUUUAGUAUUUAGUAUUUCGACGGUCCCAGGUAAGAAUGGCUCAAAAUAAAUUUUUAGCAUUUUUUUUUUUUUUAUUUUCAUAUACUAUAAUUUCGUCAUAUGUAAUUUUUUACUUUAAUUUUUCGGUCUAAACGGUAUAAACGGUAUGAGUUUGCUAUAUUGUACUGAACAUUAAAAUAUCUUAAAUCACCGUCGUACUCUUUGUUUUGCAAAAAAGACAUAAGCCAUAAUAUAAUUUUAAUGGUUUGGGUUUUUGGUCCUGGGACCAAAGAAUGAUUAUAGUUUUACACGGUAAAUUGUGUUUAAUUCCUUUUGUGAUGAUUAUAUUGUUAUUAUUAUGGUAUAAUAUUAUUAUGACGUACACCUAUGAGUAUACCUACUGUUUGUAACUACUGUUGUAAUAAAAUUAUUAAUGUCGUUGAAUGAAACAUUUUAUUAUGUACAUUUUUUUUUUACUUUUAAAGGUAAUCGAACUUUUGUAUUAUACGCCCAUCCGCCCACUCAUCGUCGCGCUGACUCACUCGAUCGAAGCACACGCGGCUAAUUUUGCUAAUAUGAUUUUACACCGCAAUUAUCAGUGUAUAAAUAUAUAUAUAUAUAUAUAUAUAUACACACAUACGAUAUUAUAAUUUAAAUUUUUUUUUUUUUCAUUCUCUUUUUGGAAUAUUCUGUCAAGUCGGCCAAGGGCAUUAAACAUAUGCUAUUUUUUUUUUAUUUUUUUUUUUUUUUCAUAAAACUCCGUUAAUUUCCAUUUCACUGAGCAACUGGAAAUAACGUUGCAACAUUAUAUAAUCCACGCGCAGUUGACCCCGAACAUUAUUAUUAGAUACUUAUUAAAUUAUUAUUAUUAUUACAAGAUACCACACUUGUUGCUGCUACAGCAGCAGUUCGACAUUAUUAUAUAGAUAGGUAUUGAAUACGUUUAACAAACUUGACAUAGUUUACAAAAAAAAACGAAAUUGUACAUUUUUAUGUUUUUGUUUUUGUGUGCGUGUAUGUGUAUAAAACGUAUCCUAUAACUAUACCUACGUCAUCGUUGCGUCGUAUAGUAAUCUAAGCGAAAUUGUAAAUUAUACAUAUGACGCAAAACAAUAGCAGCUCACAAUAAGAUUAAAAUGAUCCGCUAUAAAGCCGAACGUUCAUUCGUUUGACGAGACCAACGCAAAUUGUCCUAAAUAAUAAUAAUAAUAACAAGUAUAUAAUAUUUUAUAUACCCGCGGUCAAUUAGUUGCACAAUAUAAUAUGAUGGGCGAUUGAGAUUGUUGACAUUUAUUCCGAGGGACAACGACGGAUUUCGUAUUAAAAUAAUUGUGUACAGGUACACUUUCAAUGUAUACUAUAUACCUAUAAUGAAAAUCGGUAGGUACGCCUAUUAUUAUGUAAAAAUACAUCGGACUUGUAAAGUAUUUGAGUAAAAAAAAUGUAUAAACGUAUUUUAAAUACUUUUUUAAUUUCAAAAACGGUUUUUCAUAAUUAAAAUUGAAGCGCAACACACGUUACGCCAUGAUGCGAAUUAAAUGGAUUCAAAAUGUUAACUAGAUCUAUCUGUACUGGUACUAAACCAGAAUAUUGUGCUAACAAUAAAAAAGUUAAUAACUUUUAAUAAUUUUUUUGUAUAUUUUCUAGUUUGUGAUUACGUAGACGCAAACCCAGAUUAUUUUCUCCUUGUGAUUUUUAACUAGUUUCUUCUUUGUAUUCUAUUUUUCAACGCGUAUUUAUUUGUUUCUGUUAUAUUUUUAAUUAUACAUGUCACGUCUGUCAUCAGUGGAUCUGGGGCAAAAUCCGAAAGUGUAGUUUUAAAGGUUUUAAAGUUAUUAAGAUUCACAUUCAAGAUAUGUUACCUAAUAUGAAAAUGUAAAAUUCUUUUAUUGCUACUUUUUAUGAGUUUUUUUUAUUUGUUUUUUAAAUACUGUGCUUAUUAUAGCAUUUUCAGAGCUUAUUAAAACACUAUUUGCCUUUUGGGUAAUUUUAAGUGCUAUACUGCUAUACAAGUUCUAUAACCUGAUAAUAAUAUCCAUAGCUUGGUGCAAGAAAGGUCGAUGCUAAAAUAAAUUGAAAAUUGAAAAAAUUGAAUAUUGAAAAUUGCAAGAUGACAAAAAAAAAGGUAUCCUAAAAUAAUGGGAACGGGUGCAGCCACUAUUAUGGGUGGGAAGUUGGGAAGGUAGGCUACAGAAUGAAAUUGAAUGUAUAUCUGUAAGUAACGAGUACCAUUGCUGACGAAAAAACGAUUCUGAACAGAGUUCAGUCAACAAUAUAUAUGUCAUAUUAAGAUAAAUUAAUUAAAUAUGGGCAUUAUAUAUUUUUUUUAACAAUAUUUGUUUAAUAUUGUACCGAUUUUCCCGUUUUGUCUACGUUUUUCCCAGUAUUUUAUAUUUUCUGGAAAAACUUUCGGGAAAAUCAAAAAAUGAAACCAAUACAUUCUUUACUACACUCAGAAUCUAAAAUGUAUUUCCGAAAAAUCUUACUUAUAGACCAAAUUAGUUAUUAAACAUUUUUUUCUUUUGAAAUUGACUUUAACAUCAAGUUAGAAACAUAAUCUAAGGUUUUUAAUUACAUAAUGAAUGGUUUAUAUUACUUAUAAUAUAUAAAAUUAAUGAGCAAACAAAACAAAACAUACUUUCUGUAUUAUGAUGAUACUUAAGAAAAAAGAAAAGUUAAUACUUUUUGUGUUUAUGUAUAAACACGUUUUCACGUGGUUCUAGUGUCUUAUACAAGUAGUACUCACUGGUCGAUAUACGCCUAUACCAGGUGAUUCAUUUAAGUGGGUACACUCAUUAACUCAAAAAGUAUUAACUUUUUCCGGAAUUUGUUUUCUAGAACAUUUAAGAAACAAGCUGCUCCAUAAUUUUAUGUUUAUUUUAUUUUUUGUCACCCUUAUUUUUGAGGGUAAAAUUACUACCUACUUUUGAUUUACAAAUGCCAAACUAUAUUAAAAAGUCCAUAAAUAGAUUGAGUAUUAGUUAAAAUAAAUUUUAGUGUUAACAUUUUUUUAUUUUCGUCCAUCCGUUGACGAGAUGUUCCACUUUUAAGUUUGACUUGGAGGAGAGUAGUAGAGUAUCAUUAGUGUGGCGGUUAGGUACGGCGAGUGGCGUGUUAAUAAUGCACCACUACUCUCCUCUAACCUGAAAUUAAAAUUGGUAUAUCUCGUCAUCAGCUUAACAGAAAUCAAAAAUGUCAACACUAAAAUUUAUUUUAACUAAUACUCAAUCUAUUUAUGGACUUUUUAAUAUAGUUUGGCAUUUUUAAAUCAAAAUUAGGUAGUAAUUUUACCCCCAAAAAUAAGGAUGACAAAAAAUAAUAAAAAUAUAAAAUUAUGGAGCAGCUUGUUUCUUAAAUGUUUUAGAAAAUAAAUUCCUGAAAAAGUUAAUACUUUCCGAGAUAAUGAGUGUAUCCAUUUAUAUGAAUCACCUGGUAUAUUUACUGACGUUCUUGUUUUAAUUCAGUACCUACUCGUUAUCGUGUUUUUUUGAUAUCGAAGCAUAGUGAAAUAUAGAACUACCCACAUUAGCUGAACAGCAUUACGAAGUACCGCGAACAUUUAGCUAAGGCAUCGGAGAUGGGAGGAGGUAUUUCGGUGUUAAAACAGGACGAGGACAUAAUAUUUUUCCUGUAAGUAAAGCUAUAAUUACCACGGGUUUCGGGGUACGCUUUGUGAUUACUUCAGUAUGCGUCCAAGAAAGAACUUUGCGUAUACGACACCACCAAAUGUAAAAAGCUAUUAUUUUUUAAUUAAUAUUAUAGACAUGUAAUAAUUAAUAUUAUCUUCCUUUGUUCGUAAAACUUUUUUUUGUAAUUAAAUGUUUUAAUCGUUCGCCCCUAGACCACUAAAAUCUACCGGUUACUAACCGUUUACGGUUUUACUAUGUGUUUUUUUUCUCGGUCAUCUGAUAACUACUUUUAGAAAGGAAAACUGUCUAAUUGAUGCUUAAGGAAAUUAUUUUUCAAGUAGUUUUCGAAAGAACGUAUCUAAAUUCCUUCGAAAUCUUGGAUUAUGAACAAAAUAAUAAAAUUUAAGAAAAUAAAAGAAAGGUCCUCCAGUCGUAAUAUACUAAAUGUUGAAUACGAAAUGGUAACAACCCUGUUGAUAAAAUUGUACAGUGAAAUAAUUGCACGAUAAUAUUGUCAUGUAUAUUAUUCAAUAAUUGCUAGAAAUGGAAAUUUAUAAAUGCACAGAGCUGAUACCCUAAUCAAAUAUCAACGUCUGCGAUAUAAUUUAAAUAGAAAGUCGAAUUUUCGUAUUUACCUAAUGCCUAUCUACUUUAUAUUAUCUUACUGAAUUUGACUAAUAUUUAAUUUUUUUUUUUCCAGGAAACUCGUUCUACAUUUUUUCAGCAUUAGUAUUAUUCCUUGUGGGCAGUAUUACAAUAAUGUACACGCCAUUUGACAUAUUAAUGAAUGAGGUAAGUACCUUAUUGAUAUUUUAUAGUAAUACCUAGUAUACAAUUUAGGUACACUAAGCUUAUGUUAACACACUACUUGCAGAUAGACAAACUGUUAUUAUCUUCAACUAUAUUUGUCGGUAUAAUAUUGAUCCCGGUAUUAUAAAUAUUAAUACUAUUAGUAUGUGUGUGUAAAUUGUUUACUAACGUCUCGUUUGAAAUUUAAAAAAAAAAUCAACAAUAUAGAUAUUAGGUACUAACCGACAUCUACACUACAAUAUCACACGAAGGUUAAUUUUUACACAUAUUUUUACGUAAACAUUAUUAUGUUAUAAAAUAAAGAAAUACUGAAAUUCUCAUUACGUUCGGUUAACUAUUAUCUAUAAUAAUGGCAGAUUAGGUAUCCAUGGUUUUAAAAACUAUACUUAGGUCAACUUAAUAUCACGGCUAGGUAGCCGUGACAAUAAUAAUUAUAUUACGCAAAAUUUGAAAGCAAUUAAAACACAUACAACAUUAUAUUUUCGGUUCCUGGUUUUACUGUGUUAAUCAAUCCAAAGGACUAAUCAUGUUUCAUUGAGCAAGGUGGAUCGAUAAUUUUUUGACCAGAAAAAUCAAUAUCAUACGCCUGUUCAUUUAAUUAAUUCUCUUUUCUUCAUACAUUUAUUCAUUCAAAUUAUUAUUUUAAUUUUUGAUAUUUGAACAUAUAACUUGUAACAUGUAACAUAUAAAUAAAACUGAUGCAAGUAUACGAUUCUAUCAAAAUGAUAAAAAAUACCUACUAUAAUAGAACCAUUAAAAUAAUGGCUAAAUUAUAAUAUAAUUCGAUAUUAUCAACUUUAUAAUGAAAACAAAAACUACAAUUACACUAUGGUACUUUUAGUACUUAACCUAACCUAAUCUAACCAUAAAACCCAUCCAAUACUCAACCCAUAAAUCCCACCCAUCAACUCAAAAAAAAAUACUGCAAAGAUUUAUUAACCUAAAGUAACAUAUCAAGUUGGGUUCCAACACUAGUUGGCCUCCCUCCUCAUAUCAUUCACAGUUAAAAUGUAUAUAAAUUAUUGUAUUUAAAAUUAUCAUAUUUGCUCAUUGUGAUAAUAUAACACAGAUUGUAAAUAUUCUUUUUCAAUAAAAAAAAAACCCAAAUAAUAAUUGUCAUCAUAUCAAUUUCGAUUCGAUAUUCACAUCAAAAAUAUUUUAUUGAUUCACAUCCCCGAAGUUAUUUAAUAUUAAAAUAGUAUUUACAUAUUUGUAUGCUGUUGCUUAAAUAAUUUAAAAUAUUGGUAUGAUAAAAUAGUAUAAUAAAUUGUGUAAAUGUUCAACAGUGCAAUAAUUAUUUGGUUUUUUGUUUUUGAUCAAAUACGCGAUGAAAACAUUAUUUCACGCUCUGAACAAUAUGGACUUCCUUAAAAUGCGAAAACUUAAUGUUGUUUCCAUCAUAUUGCACAUUAUUUCACCUCUAAAACCAUUUGCAAUACAAUGUAAUCAUCAUUUUGAUUUUAUAGAAACUAACAAUUUUAGAUGCAAUAUAGCAACUUGGAGGAUGCUGGGGGACUCAAACCCACUCUAGUGUACCUAUACAAAUAAUUAGCCCUUCACUUUCAGACAUUUCUUUUAAUACUCGCUUAAUAUACUAUUACGUUAAUGUAUACAAAUGCCUAUUUAGUUACGUAUGAUUUUAUUAUUAUUUAUUUGUGUGCGUUUUAUUAGAAAUUCAAUGAUAAUAUGUCUGAUUGCUGUCUAAUUAUUGUAAAAUAAGUAGACGCAAUAAACGCCAUUCGUACCAAUUCGCAGUUUUUUUUUGUCUAUUUAUUUUUAAACUUUGUUCUGAAUUUGUAACCCAGUUGCGCUUAUGUGCAGAUAUGUAAGACAAAGAUAAUUAUAAUACACUUGUAUUAUACCCGCACGGUUUGAAAUUGAUUUGAACGUUGCAGUAAAUGAUAUUCACCGAAAAAUAUUAAUAUAAUAAUAUUAUGAUUGAUUAAAAAGACGUUUCAGACUUUUCUUUAGAAUAUCAAAACAAUAUAUUAUAACGAUCAUCGCAAACUAGUUUCCCGGAAAAAAAAAAAUAUAUAUAUAUACUUACAUAUUUUACGAGUUCUGGGUAUUCCCUGCCCAUAUAUUAUAAUCGUACCUAUCCAACAGAGAGAUUAAAAAAAAAAAAAAAAAUACUAUGUAGGCUGAAAGUGCAUAUGUAUACACCGGUUUUUUCGGACCGCCGCGUAUUAUAAUACGAUAUUAAACAUUUUUGAACGACCGUGUAGUUUUCGAGUAGAUACCAUUAUGUAUAUUAUUUAUUUAUACCUAUUAAUGCACUAUAAUUUAUUUAACGUUCGACAAGAAUGCUAAUACGGAAAAAAUAAAAAAUAAUAAUAAAAAAAGACCGACGAGUUCAAUACGGAAAGAUCGAAACAAGCUGCAGGUGUCCGCCAAAUGUGCAGCGCGCAGACAGCGCGGCGUGUUUGGAAUAAUAAUAUAUAGGUAUAUAAUAUUACUAUGCGUAUGCGUUCGCCUUCAUCUUAUCAUGUAAACCGUGCCGUUACGACGACAAAACGUUCGUGUAAAACGGGGGAUCGGCUUAAAAAAAAAAAAAAAAAAAAGUAGAAUGCGAUGCCUAUAUAAUACGAAUAUAACUGCACUGCGUUUGUAGGAUAGGCAACUAUAAUCCGACCGGAACGGUCCGCUACAUCAAAGUCAUCAAAUAUGCAUAAUAUAUAUUUUUUUUUCUUCUAAUCGAUAUAAAACCCGUAUUCGAGAUGCCCCGCAGAGAUUAGGUUCCCUACAAUGUAUAAUAUUAUAAUAUGUUACUGCCUAUGUGUAUUUUUAAUAUGGAGUCUAUUAAGCAUCACAUGCGCUUUUAACGGGAAUAAUAAUUAGGUACAAUGGACAUAUAAUAUUAUAUUGAAUUAUUAUGAUUAUUUAGUUUUAUAAACGACGAUUAAUAAUUAAUUGUGUAGGUAAUCGGUAAUAAUUAGGGUAAGGGACUUGUAGCAUACGCUUUGUUUUUUUUUUUUUUUGAAUAAUUAAAAAAAUAAGCACAAUCAAAAUAUAAAUACUUACUGUUCACGAUGCAUAAGGAAUCUGAAUAUAAGUAUAGAUAAGGUCGUAGCAAGGAGGGAGCGAGCAGUGCCUAUGCUCCAAACGCAAUACCCGGGAGAGCGAAAUAAUACCCUGAAAAUCUAAGUAAUAAUCAGGGUUGCAAAAAAAAACAUUUUGAACGAGGUUUUUUUUUAAAUUUUUUAAAUGUUUUUUAACAUUGUUUUAAAUGCCUUUUUUUUUGUUAAAAAUGUUUUUUUACGUUUACAUAUACAUUUCGUUUAAAAUAUAAUCAACUUUAUUAUAAUAUUUAUCAGUUUAAAAUUUUAAAUAAAAAAUUGUUUUAACUUUUAAUCAACAAAUAACAAUAAAUAAAAAUAAAAAAUUAUAAUUAGGUACUUAUGUGAAUUACACAAAGUUACUUUUCUUUUUCUAUGUGUAAACUCUGUAAACUAAUUAUUUAGAUAUUAAGUUUUACCUUUACUUAUUAAUUUGAUUUUUGGUAUUAAGGUGUUUAAAAAUGGUUAGGUUUGAGGCCUUUGCGACUCCGAGUCUAUUUCUAUUUUUAUGAUUUUGGAGUUUAUCUUUCAGUGUAGUUCUGUACAUAAAGCGAUUAAGUGUUAUGUUCUACUAUUGUACGCAAUUCUACGCAUUUACGCGACUACUCAGGUAGUUACGUAAUUUUUAUACUUCAUCCUGUGUAAUUUGUAUUAAAUUGAACUAUUUUGGCUUAUCUUAUACAUUUUGCUGUUGUUAAUUGUUAUACACAGUUCUUUUCUAUUAGCAAAACUGUAUAUGGUAUUAAAUAUUAAGGUUCAUGAUUAUUUCUCAUACCUAAAGGCUAAAAUAAAACGCAAUAAUUUAAUAUCUUUAUCAAUUCAUACGAAUAAUCUCUGAUGAAACACUUACAAAUUACAUAAAAUAAAAUGAUUGUUUUGUUUUUUUUUUUUUUUGGUGUAUAUAAAACAUUUAAAACAAUCCCACUUGUUUAAAACGUUUUAAACACGUGGUUUAAAGCACUUUGCAACCCUGGUAAUAAUAAUAUAUACAUUGAAAAGAAAUUACUAAACAAACAAUUUGAAAUUUAGAAUAUCUAAUGGCUCACCAUAAGAGAUUAUUAAAACACUACAAUUUGAAUGUAGUUUGUACAAAUUGUUCAGCUAUGAGUUUUCAUUAUAAAUCUGCAGAGUUUAUAAAAGCUCAUUUUGAAAUUUUACACCAGGCGCAAAAUUCGGUUUCUACGGUCCUGAAUAUAGAACAUCUAAAUAUAUUCCUUGUUGUGUCCGUCCGUCCGUAUAAUUACUGGUACAUAGUAACGGUUAUUGAUUUGGUUGAUUAGGAGAUGUAGCCGAUAUAGGUUUAUUAUUCGUAACGGCAUCAUUAUUACUAAUUAUGCAUAUUAAAUACAAAUUCUUAAUAGCAAAUAUUAAAAAAAAAAUUGGUGUUAAGCAUAAUAUACUGAGUCAUUGAAUUCUUUCAAAUUGUAUGUGAAAUAGUUUAUUGUAUAAAAUACUAUGUUUAAAAACCGGGAACUUUAGGAGAAAAGGCUUCUCUAACUUAUUUAAAGUAUAUUUUAGCAGUAUGUAGCGUUCAAGUGCUAUAAUAGGUCAUAUAGUAAAUUAUUUUAUACGUAGUGGUUUUUCAAAUCAUAUUUUCACACUUUAAAGAGCUAGAUACAUUUUUUAAAUAUUUUUUACUGAACAUAACGAGGAUACUAUUAUUAUAGGUACAUGAUGUGUGCUUUUCUCUUUUCAGAACUAUAUCAUUUUGAUUCUCGGUGGCGAAGGUAUCUGUCUAAAUAUAGAUAUAUCGUUGUGAUUAUAAGUGAUUUUUUUCUACACAGCAAUAUAUUAAAAAUUGAUUUUUCAAAUAACCAAUAGACUUCUUCAUUCUUAAGUGGCUGAGUAAACUUAAAACAAAAAUAACCAAAGUAUUAAAAAAUAAAAAUGUAUUGAGAAAUUAUAAUUAUAAAUAUACACCCACAUUUUUGAUAAUAAGUAAUAACACGUUCUCUCAGGGUGUAUAUAUAGAUUUUAAAAAAACUUAGUUUAUUUCGCGAUGCUAUAAUAUACCGUGUACUUACAAAUAAAAUAAAAUAAUAUAUUUUUCUAAAAUCUGUCUUGGCGUGUGUGACUUAUAUAAAAAGUCGUUGUAGUUUUUAGAAAGUUUUAUUUUGUAUAUGUGAAAUAAAAUAAAAUAAACACUGUUCUUCCAAUUACUAUUCCGGUGAUAUUUUUAAUAUUAAAUUAUGAAUAAUUUCAAAAAAAUUUAUGUGGCACGGAAUCGUAUCAUCAUCGUCGUAGAUAUAUAUACCUACUCCUAUAUAUUAUAGAGCAGGCCUCCUCGAUUUUAGUCGUGCACUAAAAAUACACAUGUAACAUGAAACACACUCGAUUAAGAAAUCCGUGUAGUUUAACACUAUAGUACACGUGUUAAAAUUGUUGUAUAGGUUUUAAAAAAAAAACUGUAGAUACAUGCGUGUUUAUUUCAAUUUGUUAAAGUGUUUGCAGUAAUGAUGACUUAUAGGACUGUCGCCGAAUGAAACGUAUUUUAGAUGCAUUAUUAUAAAAGUGAAAUUAAAAAUACGCUCCAAAUAAAAUACAUGAAUUUAGAUUCGAAAAUUGUAAAUAUAUAUAUAUAUAUAUAGAUAAUGAAAGAUGACAUUUUAAAAAAUGUUGUACUUAAAUAUUAUUAAGAAGAUUUUAUAACGAAUGUCGAAAAAAAAAAUCGUAGUUUCUAGAUAUCUUCGUAUGGAUUAAAAUAAAUACUCUAUAUAUAGAUGCACGUUUUAUUUAAUACUGACCAAUUUUAUUAUAAAGUAUUAAAUUGUUCGUUUUGUAUAUUUUUGAUUAUCAGAGACUGAAAAUGGUACGUGGUCUGCCGGCGUACGAAUGGUGGAAAAAUCCACCUGACGAAGUCUUGCUCAGAGUGUACUUGUUCAACGUGACAAACAGUAAACGGUUCGAGGAAGGAAUCGAUAGUACGCUCGAACUAAACGAAAUAGGUCCGUUAGUGUUCAGGUAAGAAAAAUAAUUAAACAUUAAACAAAUUAACAACAUAAAUGUUGACAAUUUUUAAAAAAAAUAAGUACCUAUUUAUUAAUAACAAAACGAAAUAUUAUAACCUUAAUAUUGCUCAUAUCUUCUGCAGAAGGUUUGUUGUAGUAGGUAUGUAUACAAGAUACGUUUCUGGUAAUAUUUGAACGUAUUUAUGUAUACUUUUUAAAAGCAUCUGUAUUCAUGCCGAAAUACUAUUUGAUUUAGAAAUUAUCUACUCAUAAGUCGUAAUUCAAAUAAAAUACAUUUUUUUUUUUUUUUAAACAAGUAUAUGCAUAUAAGUAUCUGUACUCAAAACACUUUAAAAUAAGUAUUUUUACAACUAACGGUGGGUGAUUUACAGUUGUUACUGCAGAUUACAAUGAUAAAUCAUUCUUCUUUGACUUUUACAACUCUGUAAGAGUUUUCGUCGCCAAAACUAUUUCUCUACAUUUAUCCUAAUCCUGACAAUGUCAGAGACAGUAGAUUGCGUCCAAAAAUCAGAUAAACAAUAAAUCGAGUAUGUCGAUUGCGUCCGGCAAAAUUUCAAUUGUGUCCCUUUUAACCUUUUUUACCAUUCUCGAUUUUCGAUUGCAUAUGGCGAUCAUCAAUUGAAAAGUGAAUGGGAAUAACGUGCUAGGCACAAAUCUUAAAUUGUUGAAUAUCGAAGAACAACAAUUCGAUUACACGACAUUUUAUGCAACCACUAUUUAUAAUUGUUUAUGAAAAAUGUAUUAUUUUUAUAUUAAAUAUCACAUGCAGUAUAAUAUGAGUUUAUUAGUUGGUAUCGGACGCAAUCAAAAUUCUUAAUUUUUUCUUUGGGACGCAAUCAGAUGCAUACCUGCUAAAACCAGACGCAAUCGAAACUCGAGAAGGGUUAAAAAGAACAAAAAUCGAAUAAUGCCCAACAAUAUUCUUUCAAUCGUAUUCUGCUAAAUUUUCAAAAUUCUUUUGGACCACGUCCAACCACCUUUACUCCUUACUAAGUCUCUUUACUCCUUGUUUCAGGUUCAUAACCACUUUAAUAUUGUUUCAAUCAUUUCUGCGCAUUACUACGUGACCAAGGUUUUGUAGCCUUUUACAUUUUAUUGUGAAGGUUGUGACUAUGCCAACAUUACUCGUGUAGUUCUCUUCUCGAUUUAUUUCUUCAAUCAGAACUAUUGUCAGACGUAAGACGACAACGAUAAAUCAUUGUAAACAAACUCUAUUCAUAGAAUUGGGAUCGGUUAAACAAUAUUUGUUCUAAAUUAAAAUUAGAAAUUAAAAAUUAACGUUCAACUCCCUAUAUAAAAUAUAACUUGCAGUGAUUUUAACGAAAUUUGUACAAAUUUGAAAGUCAAACGCUGAUAUAAUAAAAAAAACCUCCAGAAAAAAUCGAUUAUAAUAUAUUAUAUUAUACACAUUACGUCAUAACGAAUAGUUUAUACAUCAUAAUACUUUUUACCGGACAUCUUUGCGAAUAUUAACCACAAUCGCUUUUGGAGGAUAUUUUACUCGGCUUAUGUCAUUUUAAAAAUAAACACAAAUCCGUCGACAAUAUAAACUAUUAACUACGCGUGUGUAAGUCAUCGCAAUGUAAAAUUUAUAAUAACGUACAAUAGCUCAGUGUGUUAUUGUUUAUAAAACAAUCGAUAGUAAAAAACAAAAUAUGUUAAGACUGCUGUACAAAUAUUUAAGUCGUAACGUUUCACUUGCCUAUACGUUUAAGACAAUACACGCGCAGAUAACAUUUGAAUACAUAGUUACUCGCAGUAUAUAGACAUAAUCAUUAAUAAAAUAUUAUAUUAUUACUCAUCUUUAUUGGCGGUACUUGUGUCUCGCAAACACUGUCAUUGAGCAUAAGUCAUUACUAUUGAAUAUUUAAUAUCGUUUUAUUAAUUCAUUAUUGAUGUAUGUAUGUAUAAACACAAUAAUUCGCAAACAAUUUUUGAUUUUCUGUUUACUUAUACCGGACCCUUGAAAUAGGUCCUAGAUUGGUGGUAUGCAUACAGAGGGAGGGUAAGGGGUUAUAUCCCCUCCCACAGGUUUAAAAAUACAACAAUACUAAAAGUAUUUAUUGAGUAACUAUUAUAUAGUUGUAUGCCUAUAACUGUCAUAAUAUAUAACUGAUCAUAACGGUUAUGACAUACUUUUUACAUAGAAUUAUAACGAAAUCAAUGUUUCAUCCAAAUAUUUAUUUUAUUCUUAAUAUUUAAACAGUUAGUAAACAGUUUAUUGCGUUCAAAAACUACGCACGGCCUUAGGUAAAUUCAAAUAUAUAAAUGAAACAUUUAUCCAGAUCCCACGUGGUUUUUCUAAUAUAACGUCGAAACUAAAAUUUAAAAACAUGCCAAAUUGUAGCGAUAGGCAUACAAAUGUAAACUAGUUAUACAUGUUGACUUAAAUAAAUAUUGGCUUAAAAAAAAAAUGUUUAAUUUUUAAUGGAGAGAGCUGAUGAAAUAUACAUCGAAGACAAGGUAAAACGCCGCUCUGGGUAUUCCAAGACAUGUCAAACCAAUUUCCAAUGUCUUACUCUAAUCACUUCCACGAAUGUACGCUUUUCUUUAAUAAUUCCUAGUACCACUUAAUUUAUUUUUAGGUUUUGAGCUGAGCGAUUAAUGUAUUGGUUUUACAAUGAUGUUUAUUAUUUUUUCUGUGGACAACUUUUCUAAGAGCAAUUUUACUCCGAUUUUCAAGUAAAGCACUUUUUCUGAAUUAAAAUCUGACAGGGGUGGUACUUUAGGGAGGUCAUUUUUAUUUUUCUAGGGGUUCUCAUAAUAACUGGGAAAAACCGGGGAAAAGUAGCAAAAAACAGUGGCGCACCCGUCAGCAAUUUUUUUUUUUUUAUAUAGUUUGUAUUUCUAAUACUUUUCACAAACUAUUUGAAAUAUUAUUAAAAUACUGUUGUUAUAAUUUAUUCAAAUACAUAUUUAGAAUACUAUUUUUUGUAUGCAGUAAUGUCGAACACUAUUUCGGGUCUUGACCAGACUUCUUUUUAAAUUUAACACUUGACCGUUUCAUUUUGGACCAAAAUUUGGUUUGAAAACCGAAUGAACACAAAAUUACAGAAUUAAAAGAAUAUGGAACCAUAAUUUUGGAUAUAAAAUAGGCUGUGUUUAGUUAUUAAGGUCUUUAAAAAUUUAUUUUGGUCAACUUCAUUUUUAGAACUUCUACAUCACUAUUUGUAUGUAUUCAAAUAUUUAUUCUGAAUUCUUUUAAAAAGUAUUUUACCCAAGUUUGCUUAUGGUUUUCAUACACUAGCAACACCACAUCUCAACAGCUUCUUUUUAUUUUUUUAUUUUCGGGAUUAUUAUUGAUGACUGAUGUUUAACAACCACACGUAUAGUACGUUUGAAUAAGUCAAUCUCUACUUAAUAUUAAGAUGUAUCUUCUUUAAAAUAAAAAUUUUAUUGAGCACCUAAAAAACAGGUAAGUUUACAUUUUCUGCCUACAGUUGCAUUGUUUUGAUUUUUACAAAAAUAAAUUUAUUAUUAUCUAUUAUAUUACUGGCUAUGGUAUGUAUUCAAGAGUUAUAAUAAUAAUUUACAAUGCAAAAUAUUGUAUUUUAUCACUUGAUCAAAACCGUGCAAUGUACCGUCCGAUUAGUCAAGAUUAAGAUAGCAAUAGAAAAAAUAUAUUGUAAUAAAAUAAUAUGGCUUAUUUUUGUUGAGCAUUUGUAAAUAAAAUAUAAUAACUAGGGAACGGAUUUGAAUGCAAAUUUCAUUUUUUUCUGAAUGUCAGAAAACAUUGCUUCCAAGCACAAAGUUUAUUUCAUACAUUAAGGAAUUAAAAAAUAUAACUUUUAUUUUGCAUUUUUUGAUAUUUUUAGGGCAUUUUUAUGUUUUCAAGUCAUUUUUUUAUAGGAAUGGAUAACAUUCGAUAAAAAUGUAGAUUAAAAUUCAUUCUAAAAAAAUAAAAAUAAAUAUUUAUUAUGUUUUUAUCGAUCAGAUAAACCCUGACUCCAGACGAAAUUAUUGUUGACACACAUAUAUACAUAUAUACAAGUAAAGAUAAGAUAAUCUAUUUAUCUAAAUUGUAAUUUUGUAUUACACUGUUGAGUUGAGUCAUUACUUCAUCAAAAUUAAUGUUUUUUAGGGCAUUUUUAUUAUUAAUAACCAAAUUCAAUAAGAAAAUAAAUAAACUAAAUUAAAAACAUUUUAGAUUAGAAGGGGAUGAGAUGAGUUGAACAAUAGCAAAUUAUUAAUCCGAUUAUAACAUAUAAAUUUAAGGCUAUUUAAUGCCUUAUCUUUUCGAAAAAUGUAUCUUAUUGCGUAUUCCCGUAUAAAUAAUUUUAUACGUUUUUUUUUUUUUUUUUAAUCCCCGAAAUGGAUUGGCCCACUGACUUCAUUAAUUCUGGUUAAAGUAUAUUUUGUCCCAUUUAUUUUCUAAAAUCAUUUUACCUGGGCUUUUCCUGUAAUCCGUAUGAGACUGCAUUUAUCUAUAAAUUAUACUAGGUAUAUUAUAUUUAUAUACACUAGUAAACCAUUUCUUUCAGCCCCUAUAUAACAUUAAUAUUUAUUGUAGUUGGUUUAUCGUUACUAGUAUUAUUAUUAUUAUUAUUUUUAUUUACGCAUUAAUGUUUACAGGAUAUAUUUUUUUUUUUUAUGUGAUUUGCUUCCAGAGAGUUAUUAAGACACAGUGAUGUUAGAUUCAACGACAACGGUACAAUGACUUAUGUGGCCACGAGAACCGCUGUGUUCUUGCCAGAAAUGACGAACAUUAAUUUGAACGAUAAUUUAAUAUUGCCCAACUACGCUGCUUUGGUGCGUAUACUUUUCUGUACUAUAAUAUCUAUAAUAUUACGUACAUAAGUAUAACGAAAUAACAAUAUAACAAAUGACAAAGAAACGACAAUUAUUAUUAUUACUACUUAUAAUAACGAUUCGAUUGCGUUUCUAUAAAAAAAAAAAACUGUAAAUUUAGUCCAUUUGGUCGUUUAACGAAGAUAGGUGAAUUAAAAUGAAAAUGUUUCUCUAGUUAAUUAUAGACAAAAAAAAUACUAGGACGUAAAUAAAUCCAUCCUGUAAAAUUUGAAAAAUAAACAUGAUCAAAUUUAAAUAGAUGUAUAUCAAAUUAAAAAAUGCAUUCAAUUUAGAAACAUGUUUCUUUUUUCUUAUGUGUAUUAACGAAAAUUCCAGUUAACUAUAUGUAGUUAAAAGACAAUUUACUAGUCAAGUUAAAGUUAAAAUGAAAGAUCAUUUUUAAAUUCAUAUUAACUUUCCAACAAUAUAAUUUAUUAAUACCCACAAUAUAUAUUGCGUUUUGAAACACUGCCGUCGUAAAUCACGACCUGACAUCCGUUAAAUUUAAUAAUUGCAAAACAAAGGUGUUUGGUGUUACCUAUUCAAAAAUGAGAUAAUUUAACAAAGAUUAUGAUUAAUUUUAAAUAUUUUGAAUGUAAAAUACGUAGGUUUAUAGUAAAAAUGAAAAAUUAUCUUUUGUGUACAUCAAUAUUAUUGUGUCUAAAAUUUUUACCAUCAUAAAAUAUUAGUAUAAUAUAUAUAUAUUUAAACCCGAACGUGUGAAUUUCUUUAUCAGUUUAAAUUUGAAAAAAAAAAUGUUAUAGAUGAUUUUUAAGAUAUAAUAGUAUAAUUAUGUUAUAUUCUAUUUUGAUAUUAUAAGAACCUUGGAUCUCUGAGCCAAUAUUUUUUUUUUUUUUUUUUAGUAGAAAACCUUAAUGAGUCAUAAUUUUAAUUUUAGAGAAGUCUUAGCUAUAUACAUUUGUAUUUAUUAUAACAUUAUGCAAUGUUCGCGUAUUAUUAAGUUUAUUUUUUUUUCGCUUUUUUUUAAUAUAAUAAGAGGGGUACCUCUACCUACCUAACAAUUAUAACGUACAAACAUUAUAUAAAUGCCAAAUAAUAUAAUAUACAAAAUAUGUUACGACCAUUGUUGAAAAUUGGAUUAAUAAUUUUAUGUAUCCAUACGUUUAUGCUUUUUUCGAUAUUGCGAGUAUGCGAAUAAUACAACAGUUUAAAAAAUGUGUUUCGCUUGAAAAUUAAAAUAUUGAGAAAAAAAAAUGUUUUUAUCUACAUUUAAAUUUGAUGAUAAACAAAAUUUCACUCCAAUAGUAAAACAAAUAGUAUAUAAUUGGUUUUACUGAACGAAAAUUUGACAUUAUCCAAUGUUCAACAUACAUAUAAUUAUUAUAAUUGUUUAAUUAGUUUAAUUUUUCGCAAUAAAAAAAAAAUAUAUAAGCUUUUUUCUAUUCACAGGCUAUCAAAUUAUAUUAUAAAAUAAAUCGCCUAUAUAAACAUACAUAAUAUUUCACUAGAUUUUACUACGAAAUAAUAAUACUGCGAAUCUUGCGAAAUAUUAUUUAUUUAUUUAUUUAAUAUAAUUCAUAAGGACAAAAGGUCCAAUUAUAAUAAACAUUGUUUAUCUUAUUAUUCACAAUUAAGAGUUAAAUUCACAAAAACUAUUAACAAAAGAGUCAAUAAUAUUGUACCUAUUAGCUAUACUCAUUAAACGAUUAAUUGGUAUACAGGAUACUAAUUGACAGGUGCGUUCACAAAAAAAUUGGGGGGGGUUAAAGUUGUACACUUUCAUAAUCUUAAAACCAAAAUUAUUUCAUGAAAAAUAUCAAUAUUUUAUACAAUUCAUUUUUACCAUUUUAGGUACCUGUUACUAAAUUUUAUAUAUUAAUUAUUAUUUUAGUGAAUACAAUUUCAAAUGAAAAAAAAAAAAGAGCUGAUACUGGGGAUGGGAGCGGCCACUGUUGUAGGUGAGAAGUUGGAAAGGUGGGACAUAUAAGGUUAUUUCAUUUAUAUUUGUAAGCAACGAAAAACCAUUGCUUGACGAAAGACGAUUCCGAGCGCAUUUCGGUAAUUUAUAAAUUGAAGUGCCGUCUUUUUUUUUUUUGCUGUUUUCGUUUAAAUUUGUUUUGAUUUUAAAAAGGUCGUCCGAUAAUUUUGGAAAUUUUCCACUACUAAGUAAGUCCAAUAUAAAUAUUAUUACCAAGUUUCAAGUCUCUACGUGUAUUUAUAACCGAAUUACAGCAAAAAAACUGCCAAAAAUUUAAAUGCCUUAAAAGCUCAAAAAUGGCUCUAAAGUUUUGACGAUGAUACCGCAAGAAAGUAAAUCAAAAAGGCAACAAAAAAAGUUUGUUUGAUUCUAGUGAUUUUUCGAUUAAAUCAUUUUUUCUGUUAGAAAACGCUGUCCGUGUUUUUAUAAAAUAAUGAAAUCGUGAAAUUGUACGUUUUCCUAAGUUUUUUCCCACUCAAGUGUUUUUAUUUGAAAAAUGGUGACGAAAAUCAAAAAAUAACCUCUCUCAGUACAAUUUAUACAAUUUAAGCUUUUAGGAAAGUUGUGGUUCGUAAAAAUCGGAUCAAAUUUACUUGGAAAAAACGUGUCCAUAGACUAGAACAAAGAAGAAAGAAAAUAAAUAAACAAAACCAAUAGCUACGCUCGGAAUCUAAAGCAAUUUAUUUAUGAAAUCAAAGGAAAAUAAACAAAUUAUUAAAUAGAAAAAUAUAUUUUCAUAAUACAAAAUCGAAUUUUCGAGGUAGUUUUGCAAAUCUGUUAAUGACUUCGUCAAUAUCAGAUAUUAUCAUUUCUGUACACAUUCAUAAGAACUAAUCCUGUCAGUCGGUCGUCCCCAAUAUUAUUUCUUAAAUAAAUUAUUCAUUGUCCAUUAUUUUUAAAAAAUUGUUGGCCUACGUAUAGUGGAUAAUUUAUCAUAUUCACUUUUUGAAUUUUAGUUAAAACGCUCGAUUGCUUCUUUCCAUUUUGUAAAAGUUACUUUAAUUAGAGCUCCUAAUUUUUGGUUCGAACCUUUACAAACAAAACCAUUCGGAUACAAUACGCACAUUUUACAUAAUGCACCUUCUACAAAUUUGGAAUAAACUAACCACGAGUUUCGCCUGAACCAAUCUGUUUGGAAUUUUAAAUGUCAAUUUUUUGAAAUAGGAAACUAAUAAUUAUUAGGUAGAAUCCGUGGUUGCUUUAACAGUUUAUGCUUAAGAUCAUCAAUUGUAUUGUUAUUUAAAUAGAAAUCAAUGUCUGGAUUGUGGCUAUUGAAUAAUGAACAAAUCGAGGAAGAAAUUAAACUUUUGUUUUCUAUGACAUUUACAGUUAUAUUGUUGUCUAGUGCCGGUGCAUUUAUUAAAUAAGUUUUUAAUUUUUUCACACCGAAGUUAAAUAAUGUCGUUUGAUUAGAAUUCUUACAAAAGUUUUUGCGCACUAAUUCCAUACACAUAAACUUGCGAACGCCGAAACACACUAAGAAAGAACCGAAACCGAACGAGUGUCGAACAUUCAUUAAAUUAACAAAAUAAAAUAUUAGAUAUUAUUUUAUUAUUAUUAUCGUUAUAAUGUUAUCGCAUCGGUCUUUCAUCAAAUUCUGUUCAUCUGUCAUUAAUAGAACUGUAAUAAAAUCUAGAUUUUGGCGUACUAGAUUUAAAUCUGAACAAGUUUUUCACUAUCCCGUUUAGAUUUUAUGCAACUUAUGUAUACAUAAUGUAACUAUGUUAUGCAUAUUGGAUGACAGAUAAAUACUAAACGCACAUAAGUGAUUACCGUAGUACCAUAAUAUUGAGUAUUAGUAUUAUUUUAUAAAACAAAUACGUAAAAUUAUAAUUAAGUGUCCAGAUUAACAACUCAUAACUCCAAAUUCGUGAAUCGUAUCCCGUUAAAAUUCCAUACGUAUUUUCGAUCAUUUUUACCGUAAAUUCAGAAAUCGGAGUACGAUUUAAUAAUUUAAUAAUAUUAUUAUAGUGUUUUCAAUUUUUUUUUCCGCACAGGGAAUAGCGUCGUAUUUAUGGGACGCUUCAUCGUUUACAAAAUACGGUUUCAAGUUAAUGUUAAACAUAUUGGAUACGCAAAUGUUUAUUGAAACAUCUAUCAACAAUUGUCUAUGGAAUUUAACUGAUCCUUUAGUCAAAAAAGCGAAAACCAUGAUGCCCGGCUUAGUUCCCGAGGAGAACAUGGGUAUAUUGUACCAGGUAAAUAUUAUCACUAUAACCACACACUCUAGUUGUGGUACUUAUACGAGUAUGUUAUUAGUUAUUGCCUAUUUAAAAUUUUAGCGAAUUAUUUAUAUUGAUAUGUAUAUCAUGGACGUAAUAGUAUAUGCAUAAGUUUAUUUGCAAAAGAAAAAAAAAAUGUUUUCCUUGACCUUUCAAACUCGUCAAUCGCACACUUCUAGUGGAAUGUCUGAAGCUUUUUUUUUUUAAAAAAAUAAAAUAAAAAGAGCUGAUACUGGAGACGGGAGUGUUAUUGUUGUAGGUGGAAAGUUAGGAAAGUAGGAUACAUACAUUUAUUCAAUAUAUAUCUGUAAGCAACGAUAAAUCAUUACUAACAAAAAAACGAUUCUGAGCUGAGUUCAGCUGAUAAUGUUGCUUUGUCAACAAUACAAUAUAAUAUAUGGAUUAUGUCAUAUUAUGGUAAAAAUGAUUAAAACAAUGUGCGUUACCAUGACAAAAAUAAUUGUAUGAAAACGAUUAAAAUAAUAAAAACUUAAUAAUAACAAAAAUAAAUAAAAAUGGUUGCCAAUGACAACCUUAUUUUUAAUCUUUCAAUCAUUUUUAACCUAAAUGUCGAGGUUUUCCUCAUUAAUAUUCGAGAUAAUGAGGAUUUCAAAAAAUUACGUCUUUAAAGUACCAUCCAGAGAAAAUUUCCUUUCAGAAAAGGUGCUAUACUUGAUAAUCAGAGCAUGCUUUCUGGUAAAAAUAAAUUUUCACCUUAAAAAAAAAAAAUAAACGUCGUUGUAAAACCAAAUCAUUCCUCGUUUCACUCAGAAUCUAAAACGUAGUAAAACCAAUUGAUCCCUCUAAAAUCUUAUAAUUAUUAGACGCAUUAAUGAAUGAAAAUUAGUAUAAUUUAUUAUAUCGUAACAUAUUUAACAAUGUAGAUGCAAAUGAAUAUCUUAACAAUAAAUGAUAAAAAAUAUCAUUGGUUUAAUAUAAAUGAUUUAUUUGCAGAUUUAUAACAAGUUUACGGACGAAGUCACCGUGUUCAUGGGUCCGGAAAACGGGGAAAGAUUUUUCACGGUAGAUCAGUAUCACGGAAAACCGAGUCUCGGGAUUUGGGAGGACCCGAAGUGUGACAGUUUGCAAGGUGCGACGGAAGGUGUAACGUACCAUCAGUUUGUGUCGAAAAACGAUACGCUGAAAUACUUAAGGAAAACCAUGUGCAGAGUGACUCCGCUCAAAUAUAAAAGUACGUACUUCUAUAUAUAUAUAUACUAAAACGUUCCUCACUUAUUAAAAUAACAAUUAUUUGUGAUUUUUGUCUAUAGAUGAAGUGACCAAGUCGGGCAUGACCAUGUACAAGUUCAUUCUUCCACACAACGUGUUCGCACACCCGCAGACUGAUCCGAGUCUCGAAGACUGUUUCCACAAUCCAAAAUCGACUUCUCUUUUGUCUGGUCUUUCAGACGUGUCGCCAUGUUACUAUGGUAUGUAGUAUAUACCUAAUUGAAAUAUGUUGCACCAUUCAAACGAUAUGCAUUAUUUGAAAUAAAAUAAUAUUUUAUAAAUUUAAUCAAAUCAUAAUAAUAUGCACAAAUAUUAAAUGUACCCUUUGCACACGUUUUUUGCGGGAUAAAAAAAAUAAUUAAUAAUAAUAUCUAUUCGAAUAACUGACAGUUAUGUUUCAAAAUAAUUUAAACAAUAAUAUUGUCAGUUAUUUUUUCUAACACCUCUAACUUCACUGCGUACAAUGUCGUAUUCGGGAGAUUUUAAGUGGUCGUAAUCAUCUUUCAAAAAUGUUUAAUGAUUUUGAAUUAACCAAAUACACACGGUUCUGCCAAAAUACAAUUAAUUUUUCUAGUUCUAUUAUAACAAAGGAGAAUCCUGCCCUUCUUUGUUAGUCAAUUUUUGAAAAUUUAAACUUUUGUACGGGAAUAAGAACGUCGUUUUUACUGAAAACGGAAAGGUAAUAUUUUUGAUAUUAUGUAUUAAGAACUGCGACUCACUGGUUGGGUAAUAGCAAAGAGACUUACCAAACAUUUUAUAACGAAGAGUAUUUAUUAGGGCUUCUUUGAAUAGUUUUACAUUCCGUGCGUAACGAGGAAGCUAUUGAUUUUACAAUGCUGUUUAUUUCUUUGUCUUUUUUAUUUUUUUGUUCUAGUCUGUAAACACGUUUUUUCCAAGUAAAUUUGCUCCGAUUUUUACGAACCGCAACUUUCCUAAAAGCUUAAGUUGUAAAAAUUGUACUUAGAGAGGUCAUUUUUGAUUUUCGGCGCCAUUUUUCAAAUAAAAACACUUGAGUGGGAAAAAACUUAGGAAAACGUACAAUUUCACGAUUUCAUUAUUUUAUAAAAACACGGACAGCGUUUUCUACCAGAAAAAAUGAUUUGAUCGAAAAAUCGCUAGAAUCAAACAAACAUUUUUUGUUGCCUUUUUGAUUUACUUUCUUGCGCUAUCAUCGUCAAACCUAUUGAGCCAUUUUUGAGCUUUAAAGGCAUUUUAAUUUUUGGCAAUUUUUUUGCUGUAAUUCGGUUAUAAAUACAUGUAAAGACUUGAAACUUGGUAAUUACACUUAUAUUGGACUUACCUAGAUAUGUUGAAAUUUUCAGAAUUAUCGGACAACUUUUUUUUUUUUUAAUAAACAUUUUGAAAUCAAAUUUAAACGAAAAUCUCGACAAAAAUAUGUAUUACUUCAAAUUAAUGAAUUACUAAAAUGCGCUUGGAAUCAUCUUUCAUCAAGCAAUGGAUUAUUGUUUCUGACAGAUAUAAAUGAAAUAACCUUGUGUAUCCUACUUUCCCAACUUCUCACCUACAACAGUGGCCACUCCCAUUCCCAGUAUUAGUUUUUUAUUUUUUUUUAUUUUAAUAGUUCAAUUUGUUGUCAUGUUUUAAUUUAACUUAAUUUUAAGCAUGAACAACCUAUUGCGAAGCCUUUUAAAACAUAUCAAUAUACCUCUUAAUUUUAAAACAUUUGAUUUGAAUCGUACAUUCUAACCUAAUACAACCGACUAAAUAAUAAUAUGAUUUUAUAGGCGUGUAUCCACUGUUUUUCAUACAAUAUCAUUUAUCACGCAUACAUUAAUCAACAAUAUAUUAUAGACGUCGAUAAUCAUGUUUAGUUAGGAACAAGACGUGAAAUUAGAAAAAAGAAAAAAUGUCUACUAUAAGAAUAAACUAUUCAUUUUAUUGGACGAACGGAUUAAUAACAAUAUAAUCGUGUAAUCGAAUGUCACGGUAAUACAUACGGUUUAUAAAAUUAUUUUUCUGAGAAGUGAAAAAUUUCGCGUUACACUCGUGUCGUUUAUGUUGUGUAACGACUGAAAAAAAAGGCGCGUAUGUUAUACAAUAUAUUAAUGUUAGUCACAUUGUUUAUUACAAUAUUAUCGUUGAAGGGCGUCUAUACAAAAUUCGAUAAAUUUUGAUUUUAAGUCGUACAGUUUACAGUUUAUCUAUCUUCAAGUAUAUUUUUUUUUUCAUAGAUUUUCCUAUAGCAGCUUCGUUUCCUCAUUUUCUCAACGGCGAUCAAGCGCUCAUGAAAUCAAUAUCGGGUUUGAAUCCUUCGGAAGAAAAGCAUGGCUCGUACUUGAUCGUAGAACCCGUAAGAAGUGCAACAAAUAGCCGGAAUAAUAUUAUGGGGCUAUUAUUCAUCAUUGUGAUUAAUGAUGUUAUUUGUUGAACAGCUAACGGGAGUUCCGGUCGAAAGCAGAGCUCGUAGCCAAAGCAAUUUAGUCAUGAACCCCACGAGCGGAUUUUCCAGUAUCGACAAAUUCAGCAACAUGACAAUUCCUAUGUUUUGGGCAGAAUAUGUAAGUAUAUUCAUGUAUAUAGUUACCUAUAUAAUCUUAGAGAACAUUAACAGACAUUGAAGAGAGCAUUAAAAAGAUUAGCCUUGUACGGUAACCAUGAGCGUAAGCAUAGAGCAUGUAAGGUGUGCCGAGGCACAUCCCUAAGCUCGUGAACUGAAAAUGAAAUUUAUUCAAUCUGAACUUUAUUUCUACUAUAAAAGUUUCAACCACCAAAAAUUGUCUAUUUUACAAAAUGGCUAUUUUGAAUUUUUUUAAAAAAAUUAUAGUAAAACUUAAAAUUUUUUAUUUUAAAUCCCCCUCCCUAUAAAAAAAAAAUUUUCAUCAAUACUGGCAUACUAUAAUUAUUUAAAAAAUAUAUAUAUCAAAAAUAUUGAAUAAUACAAAAUUAUCUCAAGUGGCAGAUUCAUCGUGAGGCAUUCUGUAUAUACCAAUUAAGAUAGCGACCCACAAUCCUUUUUAAAAAUAACAUAUAUUUUCAAAAUUAUUAUAUUAAUAUGUUUUAUAACAUUUAAUAUCUAUCAUUAUUGCAAAAUACGAUUGCUCAUAUUACUCAUAUAUGAUUACAUUAUUCGACAAAAUCCUCGUGAGACACUUCGUAUGUAUACAUAUCGAUAUUAUAUCACUAUAUAUUGUUUGAUAUAUUAAUGAUAUUACUAUACAUUGAAGAGGAAAUUGAAUACCAUUUUUUCGCCGAAAUGAGUAAAUUAGUUCUUGAGAUUUUCACUGGCAUACAGACGGUGGGGUUGGGGGUUGGAAUAUCAAACCACCAAAAGGUACACAUUGAUAUAUACACUGUUUAUAAUAUAGCGUAUACACAAAAUUUUAUCCCCGUGACUUCAUUUGGAAGAUCUAGGUACGAGUGUACAAAGCUAGAAAAUCCUCCUCUGGCCACAACAACAUGGUUAUGUUUUUAUUGAAAUACAACCAGAAUGUUAUUAUUUCAAUCCGCUUAUAAAAAAAAAAAAACUCCAAUUCCCGAGUUUCAGCACUUUUGGUUUACACGAACAGUGUAUUCCAAUUUUUUUUUUAUUUUACCGCCCCUUUAUAGAUUUUUUAAAAUCACAUGCCUCCCCCUAUUGAAUUAAAAAAUAUUGACAUAAUUCGCACGUGAGUGGGCUACUUUUGUACCGUUUACCGACAUAAUACGAUUAUUAUAAAUAAUGAUAAAAUUAAAUAUCCGAAGAAAAAAUAAUUCAUUUUAUUCACAAGCCAUUAUUAUUAUUUUUGUGUUUCAGAAUCAAGUGGGCUUACCGUGGUACAUUACGACUCUAAUGUAUUUCACCGUUAUCAUUUUACCGUACACGCAGACCGUCGGCAGCGUCGUCAUGAUGGUUGCCGGUUUGGCAAUGAUCGGCAAAUCGAUAAUAAACGCGGUGUUCGGUUAUAAAAGACCACUAUAUUCUUACAGUUCGUUAGAUCUCUUGCCGUCAGCAAAUUAAAGAAAAAAAAAAUAGAUCGACAUGUUAUGAUAAAAUCAUAACAAUAGUUACAAUAUAAUCAACUGUUAGUUUUAAAUAAUUAUAUUUACGUACAUUUAUAUGUAGAUUGUAGGUACCUAGUUAUUUUUUCUAAAUGUACUUAUAUUUAUUUAAAGUUUAUUUUAUUAUCAUUCCGCCUACAUUAUAUUGUAACAAUUCAUUAUUAUAAAUCGUUAUAACAUUAUAGUUGAUCAUAUUUCGUUAAUAUAUACCCAUAUAAUAUCACACUAUUGUAAUUUGUAGCUACUCGUAAAGUUAAUAGGUACUUACGGCCUGCAGAUAGUUUUUUUCAUCGUAAAAUAAUUAUUAUAUACACAUUCACCACAUUACGCCAUAAUCUUGUUGUUGUUAUAAUAAAUCAUAUCAUAUUAUACAUGUAAAUAUUUUAUAAGAAAUAAAACACUAUAAUAUAUUAU